AUGCCAUAUUCUGUAGAAGAGGAUGCGCAAAUUCUCAAAACUGAUACCGAGGUUACCGAAGAACAACGUAUUACUGAAGAGGUUGCGGUAUCCUGGCGCAGAGGUAAAAAGCCAGAGAAGCCUCUAGAAGACCAGACUCAGGAGAUUAAACCUAAAGAAGAAAAGCCCGUUGAGAAGGUUGAGUUACCUCGGAAACGUGGAAAGAAGCCUGGCAAGGCUGUUCACACUGAAAGUGAAAUUCAGCCAGAAGAAGAAGCUUCUGGAGACGCUAAACCAGAAGAAGAAAUACCCACUGAAACAACACAAUUACCUUGGAGACGUCAACAGAAGCUCGUUCAAGUUAUUGAAGGUUCCAAAGAUAUACAACCGGAAGAUGUUCAACCUGAACAGGUGACUGAGCUUUCUGACGAGGAGAGACUAGAUGACCGAAUAUCUAAACUGCCUUGGCAAAGAACCAAGAAAGUGCAGCGUAAAGUUGUUCAUGAAAAAGAAGAAAAAGUCGAAGACAUAAGGUCUGUGUCAUUGAAACCUGUAAAACGGUCUCAAAAGCCAGAAGAACGUGAAGACACGGAGGAGGUUCAAUUGAAGCCGGUCAAACGUGUUCCUGAAGAAGAAAAGGUGACAGAAGAAAUAAAAUUGAAGCCUGUGGACAAGCCAACCACAGAUGAAACACUGCCGAAAGAAGAAAUUAUUCCUGAAAAGGUCACUGAUCAAACUGAAGAUGAAAAACCAGAUGAUCAAAAAUCGAAAUUACCUUGGCAACGAGGCAAGAAAGUGCAACGUAAGAUCGUUCAGAAAGAAGAGGAAACGGUUGAGGACAUAAGAUCCGUGUCACUAAAACCUGUAAAACGCCCUCAAAAGCCGGAAGAACCUGAAGACAAGGAAGAAGUUCAAUUGAAGCCAAUCAAACGUCUUCCUAAAGAAGAAAAAGUGACCGAAGAAAUAAAAUUGAAGCCUGUGGAUCAGCCAAGCACAGAUGAAACACUGCCAAAAGAGGAAAUUAUUCCUGAAAAGAUUGCUGAUCAACCUGAAAAUGAAAAACCAGAUGAUCAAGCAUCCACAUUACCUUGGCAGCGAGGCAAGAAAGUGCAACGUAAGGUCGUUCAAAAAGAAGAGAAGACUGUCGAAGAUAUAAGAUCUGUAUCACUAAAACCUGUAAAACGCCCUCAAAAGCCGGAAGAACCUGAAGACAAGGAAGAAGUUCAAUUGAAGCCAAUCAAACGUCUUCCUAAAGAAGAAAAAGUGACCGAAGAAAUAAAAUUGAAGCCUGUGGAUCAGCCAAGCACAGAUGAAACACUGCCAAAAGAGGAAAUUAUUCCUGAAAAGAUUGCUGAUCAACCUGAAAAUGAAAAACCAGAUGAUCAAGCAUCCACAUUACCUUGGCAGCGAGGCAAGAAAGUGCAACGUAAGGUCGUUCAAAAAGAAGAGAAGACUGUCGAAGAUAUAAGAUCUGUAUCACUAAAACCUGUAAAACGCCCUCAAAAGCCGGAAGAACCUGAAGACACAGAGGAAGUUCAAUUGAAGCCGGUCAAACGUCUUCCUAAAGAAGAAAAGGUGACAGAAGAAAUAAAAUUGAAGCCUGUGGACAAGCCAAUCACAGAUGAAACACUGCCGAAAGAAAAAAUUAUUCCUGAAAAGGUCACUGAUCAACCUGAAGGUGAAAAACCAGAUGAUCAAACAUCCAAAUUACCUUGGCAGCGAGGCAAAAAAGUGCAGCGUAAGGUCGUUCAGAAAGAAGAGGAGACGGUCGAAGAUAUAAGAUCUGUAUCACUAAAACCUGUAAAACGCCCUCAAAAGCCAGAAGAACCUGAAGACACAGAAGAAGUUCAAUUGAAGCCAGUCAAACGUCUUCCUGAAGAAGAAAAAGUGACCGAAGAAAUAAAAUUGAAGCCUGUAGAUCAGCCAACCACAGAUGGAACACUGCCAAAAGAGGAAAUUAUUCCUGAAAAGAUUGCUGACCAACCUGAAGAUGAAAAACCAGAUGAUCAAGCAUCCACAUUACCUUGGCAGCGAGGCAAGAAAGUGCAACGUAAGACUGUUCAGAAAGAAGAGGAAACGGUUGAGGACAUAAGAUCCGUGUCACUAAAACCUGUCAAACGCCCUCAAAAGCCGGAAGAACCUGAAGAUACAGAGGAAGUUCAAUUGAAGCCGGUCAAACGUGUUCCUAAAGAAGAAAAGGUGACAGAAGAAAUAAAAUUGAAGCCUGUGGACAAGCCAAUCACAGAUGAAACACUGCCGAAAGAAGAAAUUAUUCCUGAAAAGGUCACUGAUCAACCUGAAGAUGAAAAACCAGAUGAUCAAAAAUCGAAAUUACCUUGGCAACGAGGCAAGAAAGUGCAACGUAAGAUCGUUCAGAAAGAAGAGGAAACGGUUGAGGACAUAAGAUCCGUGUCACUAAAACCUGUCAAACGCCCUCAAAAGCCGGAAGAACCUGAAGAUACAGAGGAAGUUCAAUUGAAGCCGGUCAAACGUGUUCCUAAAGAAGAAAAGGUGACAGAAGAAAUAAAAUUGAAGCCUGUGGACAAGCCAAUCACAGAUGAAACACUGCCGAAAGAAGAAAUUAUUCCUGAAAAGGUCACUGAUCAACCUGAAGAUGAAAAACCAGAUGAUCAAAAAUCGAAAUUACCUUGGCAACGAGGCAAGAAAGUGCAACGUAAGAUCGUUCAGAAAGAAGAGGAAACGGUUGAGGACAUAAGAUCCGUGUCACUAAAACCUGUAAAACGCCCUCAAAAGCCGGAAGAACCUGAAGAUACAGAGGAAGCUCAAUUGAAGCCGGUCAAACGUGUUCCUAAAGAAGAAAAGGUGACAGAAGAAAUAAAAUUGAAGCCUGUGGACAAGCCAAUCACAGAUGAAACACUGCCGAAAGAAGAAAUUAUUCCUGAAAAGGUCACUGAUCAACCUGAAGAUGAAAAACCAGAUGAUCAAAAAUCGAAAUUACCUUGGCAACGAGGCAAGAAAGUGCAACGUAAGAUCGUUCAGAAAGAAGAGGAAACGGUUGAGGACAUAAGAUCCGUGUCACUAAAACCUGUCAAACGCCCUCAAAAGCCGGAAGAACCUGAAGAUACAGAGGAAGUUCAAUUGAAGCCGGUCAAACGUGUUCCUAAAGAAGAAAAGGUGACAGAAGAAAUAAAAUUGAAGCCUGUGGACAAGCCAAUCACAGAUGAAACACUGCCGAAAGAAGAAAUUAUUCCUGAAAAGGUCACUGAUCAACCUGAAGAUGAAAAACCAGAUGAUCAAAAAUCGAAAUUACCUUGGCAACGAGGCAAGAAAGUGCAACGUAAGAUCGUUCAGAAAGAAGAGGAAACGGUUGAGGACAUAAGAUCCGUGUCACUAAAACCUGUAAAACGCCCUCAAAAGCCGGAAGAACCUGAAGAUACAGAGGAAGCUCAAUUGAAGCCGGUCAAACGUGUUCCUAAAGAAGAAAAGGUGACAGAAGAAAUAAAAUUGAAGCCUGUGGACAAGCCAAUCACAGAUGAAACACUGCCGAAAGAAGAAAUUAUUCCUGAAAAGGUCACUGAUCAACCUGAAGAUGAAAAACCAGAUGAUCAAAAAUCGAAAUUACCUUGGCAACGAGGCAAGAAAGUGCAACGUAAGAUCGUUCAGAAAGAAGAGGAAACGGUUGAGGACAUAAGAUCCGUGUCACUAAAACCUGUAAAACGCCCUCAAAAGCCGGAAGAACCUGAAGACACAGAGGAAGUUCAAUUGAAGCCAGUCAAACGUCUUCCUAAAGAAGAAAAAGUGACCGAAGAAAUAAAAUUGAAGCCUGUAGAUCAGCCAAGCACAGAUGAAACACUGCCAAAAGAGGAAGUUAUUCCUGAAAAGAUUGCUGAUCAACCUGAAGAUGAAAAACCAGAUGAUCAAGCAUCCACAUUACCUUGGCAGCGAGGCAAGAAAGUGCAUCGUAAGAUCGUUCAGAAAGAAGAGGAAACGGUUGAGGACAUAAGAUCCGUGUCACUAAAACCUGUAAAACGCCCUCAAAAGCCGGAAGAACCUGAAGAUACAGAGGAAGUUCAAUUGAAGCCGGUCAAACGUGUUCCUAAAGAAGAAAAGGUGACAGAAGAAAUAAAAUUGAAGCCUGUGGACAAGCCAAUCACAGAUGAAACACUGCCGAAAGAAGAAAUUAUUCCUGAAAAGGUCACUGAUCAACCUGAAGAUGAAAAACAAGAUGAUCAAAAAUCGAAAUUACCUUGGCAACGAGGCAAGAAAGUGCAACGUAAGAUCGUUCAGAAAGAAGAGGAAACGGUUGAGGACAUAAGAUCCGUGUCACUAAAACCUGUAAAACGCCCUCAAAAGCCGGAAGAACCUGAAGAUACAGAGGAAGUUCAAUUGAAGCCGGUCAAACGUGUUCCUAAAGAAGAAAAGGUGACAGAAGAAAUAAAAUUGAAGCCUGUGGACAAGCCAAUCACAGAUGAAACACUGCCGAAAGAAGAAAUUAUUCCUGAAAAGGUCACUGAUCAACCUGAAGAUGAAAAACCAGAUGAUCAAAAACAUGUUCAAAAACCUGAUGUUGAAGAGGAGAAGCUUGAAGAAGACAAACCGAAACCAAUCAAACCCAAACAACCUACUGAAAAGAUCGAAGAGGUCGUUGGUUUGAAACCCGUCAAGAGGAGAAAAAAACCAGACGAAAUAGAAAGGGAAGAAAUUCAGUUGGAACCAAUUGAUAAGAAUAAGAUCCCAGAGAAAGUCGUACAUCAAGAAGAGCCCGUAACAGAAGAGCCUGAUGAAGAGACUAAUGUUUCGUGGCGUCGUGGAAAGAAACCUAAAAAGGUUGUAGAAACCCCAGCGGAAGAACAGCCAGAGAAAAAAACCCAGGAAGAAGUUAAUUUGGAAGAGAUUGUUGAGGAUACUACGUCGAUUGAGGUUACUCUGAAACCUGAGAAGAAGAAAGCUAAAAAAUCUAAAAAAAUUGUUGAAUUUAAGAAAGACGUGACAAUUGUUCCACUGGACCAGGAAGACGAAAUUACGGAAGUUAUCCAAACAGAGGAAGAAAUUGUCAGUCAGGUCGAGGAAUCUAAGCGCGAAAAACUACAGCCAGUUACGCAUAGCCGACUUCCCGAGGAAAAACCAGACGAAGUCGAAAAAGUUCAUCUCAAACCAAUUCCCAAAAAGUUCAUCGAAGGAAAAACAUCCGAGGAGAAACUAGACGUUCCACUAAAAAAAGAUAAGCCAAAGGACGACGAGAGUACGGAAGGAAUAGACCUGGAAUUCACGUCGAAGGAGGUAGAAGAAAAAAUUAAGGAUGAACCGCAAGAACAGACAGAAUUACCUUGGCGACGUGGCAAAAAGAAGCCUACUCCUGUUGUUAAUGAGAAGCUGGUAGAACCUCAGGCUUCUGAGAAGAGUACUAAAGAAAAACCUGAGGAAACAGUUGAAGUCUCUUGGCGUACUGGUAAGCGAAAACCACGGGAACCUGAACAGCCACAAGAGGAAGUUCACUUGAAACCUAUUCCGAAAAAACAAUCAGAAGAGGAGGUUCCGGACAAGGUGAAGUUGAAACCCGUUCAAAAAGACAAAAUUGAAGAUGAAAGAGAAGAGGUGAAACUGAAGCCUAUCAAAAAAGAAAAGAAACCAAAGUCUGAAGACGCAGAACAAGUCUCUCUAAAGCCUAUCCCGCAGAAACCAGAUGCUGAAGAUCAGCCGGAAGAUAUUCAAUUAAAACCGGUUCCAAAAACAGAAGUCGAAGAGGAUGUACCUCAGCAUUUGAAAAGUAAACCAAUUGAGAAAAAACCGGAAGAUGAGCCAGAAGAAAUUAGGCUUAAGCCCGUCAAGAAGGGGAAGAAACCAACAUCAGAAGAAAAAGAAGUGGUGUCUUUGAAACCGAUCCCACAAAAACCAAUUACCGAAGAGACAGGAGAUGUCGAAUUUGAGCGCUUGAGAAAACCAUCUAUUGAUCAACAGAAAGUUGAGCAGCCCGAACUGCAGCCUGAAAAACUCGAAGAAGUGCCCGAAAAAGAUCAGCCAUCUGAAACGGCACAGCUACCAUGGAAACGCGGUAAGAAACCCAAGAAGUCUGAGCAGGUAGUCGAAAAACUUGAAGAGGUCAAAUUAAAGCCUGUCAAGAAAGAAAAGAAACCAGAGACCGAAGAUAUAGAACAAGUCUCUCUGAAGCCUAUACCUCAGAAAUCGGUUGUCGAAGAUACGGGAGUAGUGGAACUCGAGCGCCUCACAAAGCCAUCUAUCGAUGAUCACGAAGUUGAUCAGCCAGAAGCGCAGUUCGAAGUGCAGCCUGAAAAACUCGAAGAAGUCCCUGAAAAAGACCAGCCAUUAGACAUGGCACAGCUACCAUGGCGACGGGCUAAGAAACCGAAGAAGCCUGAACAGAUUCAAGAAAAAGUAGAAGAAGUCCAACUAAAGCCUGUCAAGAAAGAGCAGAAACCAGAGACCGGAGAUGUAGAACAAAUCUCUCUGAAGCCUAUACCUCAAAAACCUGUUGAUGAAGAGCAGCAGGAAAAAGUGCAAUUGAAAUUGAUUCCAAAAACAGAAGUCGAUGAGCAGGCGCUUGAGCGUUUGAAACGUAAGCCUGUUCAAAAAGAAAAAUCUGAAGACAAACCAGAAGAUAUCAAACUGAAACCUGUGAAAAGGGGAAAGAAGCCAGUGCCAGAUGAAAAAGAAGUAAUAUCUCUGAAACCAAUCCCAUCGAAAACAGCUACCGAAGACACAACAGAGGUUGAAUCUGAGCGCACUAGAAAACCAUCUAUUGACAAUGAAAAACUUGAGCAACCAGAACUACAGCUUGAACAACUCGAAGAAGCGCGUAAAGAAGAUCAGCCAUCUGAAAUAGCACAGUUACCGUGGCGAAGGGGUAAGAAACCCAAGAAGCCUGAUCAGGUGGAGGAAAAACCGGAAGAGGUUAAAUUGAAGCCUGUAAAACGGAAAGAUACUGAGGAAGUUGACCAGCCUGAAGAAGUUGUACUGAAACCGGUAAAGAAACAAGACGUUCCAGAAAGCGUCAAGCCUGAAGAAUCCAGACUAGAACCUAUACCAAUUGCUGAAACAGAGAAAGAAGAUACUAUCGAGGAAACAGUGACGUCAGUAGAAGAAAUUAAGAUCGGAAAGAAACAGAAGACGGUUAAGAUCAAUACCAAAGCCAUCGAGAUCAUCGAUGACAAGCCAGUUGAUGAAAUUACAGAAAUUACGGAACUGGAUAUUACGACUAAAAAGCGUAUGGAUACAAGAGAACUCGUUCAAAAAGACGUUCAACCCGAGGAACAAAAGCGCAAACGCAGACAGAGAACCCAAGUUGAUAUAUCGAUUGCUGACAAAACUAAAAAAGUUGCGCCAAGAUUCAUACAAAAGCUCCAACCCGUUAUCGCCGAGCCAGACAAACCAGCCAAAUUUACUUGCACAGUGAUCGGUAAUCCGUUCCCGGAAGUAGCGUGGUACAGAAACGAACAGGAAUUACACGCUAGUGAGAAGUACGUCAUGACGGUUGUCGAAACCACGGCAACACUGGAGAUAACGAAUGUUAAAGAGGAAGACGUGGCGAUGUAUUCUUGCAGAGCCUCUAAUCCUGCUGGUGUUGCUACCUCUACAGUGAAUCUAGUCAUAUUCGAAAAAGAAGAGGAAGGUAUCGCACCACACUUCACAACACCGAUCAAGCCAUUGAUGGCUGAAGAGCACAAGCCAGCUACUCUGGAGUGCAUUGUUACAGGAACUCCAACGCCUGAAGUAAAAUGGUAUCGUGGAGAGAAGGAAGUGAAGCCGAAGAAGGGAACAGAGAUAACAUUCAAACCAGAAACUGGAGAGGCUAAGCUGACUAUUCUGGAACCAACACCCGAAGACGAAAAGGUUUACAGAGUUCGCGCAGUGAAUAAAUUCGGUCGAGCUGAAUGCAGGGCUAACUUGCUUAUCACUAAUUCUGUACUAGUCACAAAACCUGAGGUGAUGUACGCUCCAAAGAUUACCAAACCUUUGCCAGCACUUGUAGUAGAAAAGGGUAAGCCGUUAAUAUUAACCGCCGAUUUCGAAAGCCAGCCAAAGGGAGAAGUCAAGUGGUUCAAAAAUGGUACUGAAAUCAAACCUUCACCUAAACAAAAAUUAGAAGUCUUCGAAAAUACAACCGAAUUAACAAUCGCCGAUGUCUCAAAGAAAGACAGUGGGAAGUAUGAGGUCAGAGUACAGAACCCAGCCGGCGAAGCCCGCAGUUCGGGAUCUGUCACCAUCACGAAACAACAAGAAUCACCUGACACAGUGCAGGCACCAAGAUUCAUUGAACCUCUUCAACCACAGAUCGUCGCUCCGGGUGAAGUCGUUAUUAUGGAAGCAAGAGUCGAAUCAUACCCAACUGCGUCAUUCCAAUGGUUCCACAACGAUCACGCCCUCAUGUCAUCCCCUGAGCUAAGAAUCGUGACGCUAGAAAAUCGAUCCGUUCUUCUGGUCAAAGAGAUUGUCCCAGAAUUUGCUGGCUCGUAUACGUGUCGCGCCGAGAACGUUGCUGGAUCUGUAACCUGCACAGCGAGUGUCAACAUUACCGAUGAAACCUGGGAAGAAACGGUUGAACUGCUUUCACCCACAUUUGUCAGAAAAUUAUCACCCGUCAGGGUCAUGGACGGCGAAAGCGUUAACCUGACCUGCAUCGUUCAGGGUAAACCAAUCCCUAAAGUCGAAUGGUUCCACGAUAACAAGCCGAUCAAGGAAGGAAAAGAAAUUACCAUUCUUCAAGAUACCGAGGGUGUUUGCAGUCUCGCAAUCACGGAAGUUUUCCCUGAAGAUGCUGGCGAAUACACCUGCCAAGCGAUUAAUCCUGUUGGCGAAACAGUCUGCACCACGUCUCUCGUGGUUGAAGCAUACGAAUACGUACCGGAUUCAGAGAUAGCGUCAUCGAUUGUUGCAACUUCCCUAAUCACUGGGCAGAGUGGCUCAGAAGAGGAUCUGCUGUCUCCUAAGGAGACUCCACUCUCAGAUACUGACACAGAGGAUUCUGCACCAGAAAUAACGAAGAAACUUCCUCAAUUAAUUCCUACAAAAGAUGGGGAAUUAACUCGAUUGGAAGUUAAAGUCAAGGGAAAGCCCAAGCCACAAGGAAAGUGGUACAAACAGGGCACGGAGAUAGUUCCAUCAGAAGAGUUCCAAAUUGAAGAAUUUGACGACGGAACAUCGGUGUUAACAAUAACUGAAGCAUAUCCGGAUGAUACCGGUGAAAUUGUAUUCGAGGCGCACAAUCCUUUGGGCGUCUCGACAACGACUACAUAUCUAUCUGUAGGAGGUAUUCUCGGAACGAAGGAUUACAGAAAACCAGAAUGGGUUACCCAUAUGGAGGAAAUGCAAGAAGCUCUUCGAGCUACACAAUCUGUACCGCGAUUUAUUCAAGAAAUUACCCCUACAUAUGUUCAAGAAGGAGAACCUGUAGAAUUUGAAUGCAUAUACUCAGGAAACCCUGAGCCAGAUGUAGUCUGGUACAAGAAUGACAAACUCGUAAGCAACACCGAAAACUUAAAAGUACGACUUAAGGGUAAUUCAAAGACGUCCUUAACGAUAAAGCGGACCACGAAAGAAGACGAUGGAAUCUACGUUUGCAAGGCUACCAGUGAUAUUGGUCUCGCCAUCACCAAAGCCAGGCUGAACGUCAGCGAUGUCACUGGAGCUCCACUGCAACCACAAGAGGAGGAAAAGCCGGAAGAAGUCAAGCCUGAAAAGAAGCCGGAAAAGAAGAAGAGGCAUGAAAUCAAAAAAGCCCAUGCUACAAAGGAAAAAGUUAAGCCAGAACGAGUGAGGGUCGAUAAGACAUCGACGGUUGAAGAAAUAGGCGUUCCGCUAUCACAGCGUGAAGACAAGAAAAUUGUCGACGUUCAAGAGGUGCAGGUGUUCGAAAGCACCGAAACUAUUGAAGAGGAAAGACGCGAGGUGUCCCAGGCUAAGAAAGUGAUUCCCAUCCAAGAACCAGUUUCCACCGAAGCUACCGCAAGUCUGAAGAAGAUCGACGAAAAGCCGAAAGAGAUCAAGUCAUGGCCUGAAGAUCGGGCUAAGCCGGUAGUGGAAGAGCUGGAGAGUGUCGAAAUUUCAGAAGUGAAAACAGAAGACACAAUUCAGGACUUAGUGGUCAAACCAUCGGAAGAGAAGCCGAAGAAGAAGAGAGUAAAGUCAGAGAAGAAACAACAAGCUGUUGAAAAGGUGACAGUGACCGAGGUCAGGGUCGAGCAAGUGAUAGUAGAACAAAAGGAAGAAAUUGCCAAGGAAGUCGACGAGCUUAUGGAGGUCUUAAACGCUACCGAAUUUGGCCCCGGUGAGUCACCGCUUAGGGAAUUGGCCACGAUUGGUUACCUGGUACGACAAGGUGUCUCGGUGAACGAGAUAAACGAGAGCUUGUACCAGACGGACAAGUUCCCAGCCUUGAGGACACCCGAUGCUCAGAGCGCUCUGGUUCAACUGGUCGAGAGGGAAGGCCAUGGGCCCUUGAUUACUCAAGUCUUGACUGAGGAAACAACUGCCGAUGAGAGCAUCGUCGCUGCCACUGUUGGAUUCCGAGCAUUCAUGAAAAUGGUCGAGCUCCAGCAUGCCACCGUCGAAGAAGUCAUCACCCACUUUGCUCCCGAAGACUUCCGACCACAUGCCUGGGAGGUAACGGAAGCAACUGAGAUUAUUUCGGAGCAGCACUUUAUGCAGAGAGUAGAUGUGGAAAGAGAGGAAGUGUAUCGUACGGAGAGAAGAGAUGAGAAAAAAUUGGUGCAAAUUGAAGAUGUUCAGGAUAUCAAAGAAUACGAGGACAUUCAUCAAGCACACACAACACUACGCAAGCGUAAAGACAAAAAACCAGUGGAACACACACCGAUUGAGGAAAAACCACAAAAUAGGGAUGAGGGGGUUGAGAUUGUAGAAAUACACACGGACCAAAAACCGCAGGAAUCCGACGUAAUGGAGGAGCAUCUGGAAAAGACAUUCACAGUCGAGAGGGAUUCGAAAGGAAAAUCGCUUCUCAAGAAGAAACGGCGUAGUCAAGCAGAAGAAGAAGUCGUAGAAGAAAUUGUCACUGUCGAUAGUUCCGAGAUAACUAGAAAAACGUUGAAAACUCAAAAGCCUAACGUUGGCGAAAGUGAGCUGGAGCUGGAGGAAAUUGAAGACUUGAUCGUCGUGCCUGACAAAUCGAUAACCAGCCUCGUCCUUAACGUUCCCAGCCAACAGAACGAAAUAGUUGCAAUCGACCAAACAACAGAACAAGCUGGUGGACAGCCAAACACGGAAACAGCGAAGGUUACCCUGGAUACGGUGAAUGCGAUAACCGAACAAUUUGUUCGAACUCAGGAGCAAGAGAUCGAUAAUAUUUCUCAGAUUAAGCCAGACAUUCGAAAAGCAUCUGUGUCCAUAUCUCCAAUAGAACCAUACACUGUUUAUGAGACAAACGUUCAGACGACCACGGGUGACAUUGCAGACAUUGUUAAACCACUCUCAUUUGAGGCUAAGCCAGCAUUUAUUCCAUCGGAAGGCUUGAUCGUGAGCGAGACCCUAGUAGACACGACGACAACAGAUUUUAGUGUAAAACCGGAUGUAACUAAAAUCGCGGAGUCUUCUUUGACUUUGCACGAAGCAACGGAAGUGCGCGAAACGACAGUAAAUCAAAAUGAAGUCCCGACGUCAGAUUUCGUCACCCCAAGUAUGGUCAAAGCUGAAGAUACGAUUCUUCCGCAACAAGGAUUGUCGGUGUAUGAGGUGAAUGAGGGCUUGGCCGAGGAAAAACUGGAACCUCUGAAAACUGUGCCCGCUAAACCAAGGGUUCAAAUAUCAUCCUCGGAACCUCUUCAAGUAGAAGAGGUUCUCGCAGAGGAUAAGCCCGGUAAGUACUACCCGGAACUGUUUGUGCCGACGGAAGUAGCGACGGAAUCUGUUAUUUCGCAACAACAGAGAAUCACGGAAGAGAUGAACGCGCCGGAAAGAGAAGGGGUCUACACGCCAGGGAGGUUGCCACCGACUCAAAAAGCUGACGUUGCUGUUUCUACAGGCGAGACAGCAAUCGUCCAAGAACAACCUGUCCAGGAAAGCGAGGGCAUUUAUUUACCAGAUAGAGUUGUUGACUCUUACAACGCGAAGCCGAAUGUCAAUCUGCUUGAAAGUAUAACUGUGUCAACCGUCGACUCGGAACAACAAGAAUCGGCUCUAACGAUCGGAGAGGGCAAGACAGUAACAGCCGAGUUCAAUGUUAUUGAACAGAGCUCAGUCAUCACUUCAGAGACGAUAACUUCCGAGAGAGGAAAUGAUUUGCCAUUGGAGCAAAAACCCGUGUCAAAAUCAGCUGAAACAAAGAUUACUCCACUAGAGACUAGUUCGAUAUCAACGCUAAUCAUCCAAGAAUCCGAAGGGGAGUACAAUCCUGAUAAAAAGCCAACAACUGCCCUUGCGGAAACGUCAGUACGUGAAAAGGAGUAUGUCGAAGUAUCUGAAAUUCAUACGGCUGAUCAACCGUCAGACUUUACCGAUAUUCUCAAGUAUGUUACGGAAAAUACCGUCACAUCUGUCCAAGUAUCUGAGGCUAGAAUGGAUCAGGUGACUAUGAUCCACGAACGCGAAGGUACGAUGCAAGAAAUUGUCGGACCUGAAGAGCUUACCGUAGACUCUUCGUUCAAUCCGGUGAAAACUUGCGAGAUAUAUGAAACGACGUCCAUAGAAAGAGAGGGGAAUUUGAAAGUUUAUGAGUUGCCUGAGUCUCACAAAGGUAAACCCACGACUGACCAUACAGUGCAAUCUCUUCUUGUGGAGGAAACACAACCUGACUAUAACGUUGGUGUAAUUCACGUAGAUAGUCCCAUCACAGUAACGGCCAAGGUCAAUCAAACGAACCUUCAAGAAACUGUCACUGAUGAAACGAUCGCGGAUGAAGGUCUGGCACCCGUUGAACAACACAAGACGCCUGAUGCUAAAACAGCAGAGCUGAGCAUUAAUGAAAUCGAGAGUAUUCAUACAACGGAAGUUAUUGUGACUGAAAGUGAGGUAGAGGGUUCUCAAGACCUAGAUGUAAAGGAAGUGUUCGCAAGCCCAGAAUUUACCACUCAAGUUGCAAUCACGCAGGAAGAGGUGCGGACGGAGUCGCCGACGGGAGAUAUUGUGGAAGAUAGUCCCACGAAACGAACAGCAACUUUGUCGCAACUUCCGUGGGAAAGUGCAACAGUAACAUUACAAGAAGUUGCUGAAAAAGAAGGUAUUUACAACAAAGAUGUCAGUCCUGUACAAAAGAUUGCAAGCGUCGAACUGUCUGAAAGCAAAUCUAGCAUUAAUGUUACUGAAGUAAUACCACAUGAUGCUGAAAAUUUGUAUACAUCAGAUUCCAAGCCACAAGAUUUCACCGCCCAACCAUCCGUUCUUGGGCAUACCAUUGCGACAAAACUUGAAACAAUGGUUGAGCACAGUACAGGAGAAAUGUUGGUUGAACAACCUACUGCCAAAAAGGCAAGUGAAAAUCAAGAAGCUUUCGAUGAGCUUAUUAUUACCGAGACUAAUAUUGGUGAAGGAGAAAAACCCAGAGAUGACGAUGCUAAGCCGCUAAUGCAAACUGCAGACCUUAACGUUGCAACUAGAGAAAACGUCACAGUGACCGAGGUACUAUCGGAGCUGAAGGAAACUAUUUUGCAAACAAACGAACAACCCACUCAGCGCACAGUGAAUGUGAAAGUACUUUCGGGUCACGAAGUCGCACAAACUGAAGAGACAAUUAUUUCCAACAGUACCAACGAAUUCAAAGAAAUUGAAAUAAGAUCAGAAACUGCUGUACAGAAGCACGAUGGAUUGGAAAUAGUCCAACACUCUGAAGUAGCACUAUCAGAAAAGGAAGCGCCGUUAUCUGAAGAUGUCAAGCCGCAGUCUAAACAAGCGGAUGUGACUUUCGAAGAAGGUAAAAGUGUCAAUAUUAUUAUACCUCAUGUCGAGGAUAAAGAAGGCACUCUUGAAGAACAAGUCAGACCUCGCUCCGUUGCAGCCACGAUUGACUUUGAAGUCCAGGGAGUUGCUACUAAGAUGGAAGUUGUAGCUGACACAGGUUUAACCGAUCUUAUAAUUGAAGAAGUGAAAGAUGCAAAUGCAAACAAAACAUUACUGCCGUUUGAAACAGUCAUUUCAGAGGAAGUACUCACGCGAGAAAAGGAAGCACCAUUUUCAGAAGUGCAGCCAGCUAACAGAAUAGCGCAACUCGAGUUUGAAGUUGGAGAAAGUCUAAUUGUAACUUCGGUAGUCAGUGGCGACAAUACAAACAUUUUAACCGAGGCUGAAAAACCGAAAGAUCAAUCUGCUACUUUUGAUAUCUCGGCACAUUCCGUUGCUGAAGUAGUAGAAACAAUCACCGAAGACAACACUGAAAAGCUGGUCAGCGAUAUUACAAAAACGGUCACGGCUACUUCUGACCACAUAACUUUCCAAAGUUUGAUUACUUCUGAGACAUCAACGAGUGAACUGGAACAAUCACUUUCUGAUUUUGUCAAGCCAGAUGAAAAAGUACCUGGUGUUGAAUUUGAAGAAGGUAUUAGUAUCACAGUUACACAGACUGUAGCUGAGGACAAGGAACAGGAAUAUCUGGGUAAGCCGAAAAUGGAGGGACAACAAGCCAAGUCUUCAUAUGAUGCACACAGAGUUGCUGAAUCAACUGAAAUCACACCAGAUACUUACCCCGGAAACUUGGUGACCAAAAAACCGGAAUUAGUAUCAGCCAGCGAAGAACAUUUGCCAUUUGAGAGCGUUGUUCAAACUGAAGCUGUCAUUUCUGAAACAGAAAUUAAUUUCACUGAAAAACCAGUGAUUGAAAAAAGUUCUGCAAGUGUUACUUUCAACGAAAGUAUUAAUGUCACCAUUACCGAAGUUGUCUCAGAAGACAGAGAGUCUGCAUUGCAGCCUUUCAAAAAACCAAACAAGAAAACUGCGUCGGUUGAUAUUUCUAGCCAUUCUAUUGCCGAAAAGUCUGAAGUUAUCCCUGAUAUGGAUACUGAGAAACUAAAACAAACGCGACCAAUUAUAGCUGUAGCUGUCCCGACGCAAAUACCUCUUGAAACUAUUGUUCAGUCGGAAACUCAGGCAACUGAGUCUGAAGAACCAUUAUCUGAACAUAAGAAACCAUACCAGGCCACUGCAGAUCUUUCCGUUGUUGAGACACAAGGUAUAGUAGUAUCGUCUGUAGUCUCAGAUGAUAAAGAAGGCCAAUACAAACCUUCGGACCUACCUGAAACAAGGACAGCUGACGAAAGUUUGGUUCAUGCUCACACAAUUGCCCAAACGAUGGAAUAUAUUAUCGACUCUAGCACAGACACGCUAAUUAACGAAGUUUUGUCAUUUUCAACAGCUGUGCCAAAUCAGGUACCAUUUAUUUCUGUACUCCAGUCACAACCGACCGUUCAGGACAAGGAAAGUCAAUUGGUUCCUGAUCUCAAACCUGAGAACAGAAUAGCAAAUGUUGACUAUGAACUAGAAAAGACAGUAGCGAUUUCUGAAGUCACGUUGGGUGAUAAGGAAUUCGAUUACAGUCCUGAGCCACAACCAUAUAAACAUGUGGCAUCAUUCAACAUCAAUCAGACACACGAUAUUGCUGAAACGACGGCAGUUGUCGUUGAAGAUUCAGUCAGUGAGGUUGGCUACCAGAAACCUGAAGUAAAAAUUGCAUCAUCUAGCCAAGAAUUGUAUGAAAGUGUCAUAAUUACCGAGGGCAUGGCAGAGGAUCAGGAAAAACCAUUUGAAGGUAAAUUCAAACCAGAAACUCGCGAUGUCAAUGUAACCGUCGAAGAAGGUAAGCGUGUCUCAAGUGUCACUGAAAUUGUGGCCGACGAUAAAGAGUUGCGCUUGGACGAGCUUCAGAAGCCUAAGGUCCAAACGGCCAGACCUCAAGUAGUUUUAGGUCAUGAGGUUGCUGAAAAUACAGAGGUUAUCACCAGCAUGAAUGUAGGUGAGAUCGAAGCUAUUAAACCAGCUUCAUGCGUCGCUCAAGCGGGACAAAAGCCAUUCGAGACGAUAGAAUUGACUGAAGAAAUUCUGGGGGAAAAAGAAAUAGAUCGUGUUGAAGUCAAGCCACAAACUAGCAAAGCCCGUAUUGCCUUGGAUGAGGAAAGAUCUAUUAUCAUCACAGAAACUACAACUCAAGAUAGCCAAUUUGACCUUACAAGUGAAAUAAAGCCUCGUGAGGGAUUGGCAACAUUCUCUUACGAAGGAAAACAAGUUGCAGAACAAUCAGAAGUCGUGCCACGCGAAGGUGUUGAAGAUAUAACACCAUUAAAAUCAGUAAAAUUUGAGGCAAGUCCGGUACAAACAACUCUCGAUAGCAUAAGCGUCACAGAAGCUGUCUCUGAGGAAAUAAGCCAAGAUUUCCAAGGCAAGAUGGCACCCAAUACCCGACGAAUCAGCGUCUCCUUCGUUGAAGGCCAAAGCAUAUCUGUAACUCAAGUCAUUACUGAUGAUAAAGAAGGCCAAGUUUCUGUCAAUGAAUUCAAAAGUAGCGUGGCUUCUGUCAACACAAGCCAACUCGGCAAGGAUGUGGCCGCAAAAACAGAGAUCAUCGUCGACCAAAAUAUCGGGACGCUUAAACAGUAUGAUGCAGACAAACUAACUGCAACGUUGAAACAAGAUAUACUCGAACCUAUUAUUGUAGAAGAAGUUCCAGUUGCUGAAAGUGAAAAGCUAUUUGAUGUACCUACAAAGAGAAGAACUGCGUCCAUUGCUCCAACGUUCGAAGAAGGUCAUAGUGUUACAGUGACAGAAACUAUGUCAAGUGAGCAAGAAACUACACUUGAGGUUGAAAAAGUAUUAGAUUCUAAAGAAGCGACAAGUACUGUCGUAACAGAACAUGGUUCAGUACAAACAACAGUAGUUGAGUCUCAAAUCGAAGUUGAGAAACGAGUAUCCGAUUUCGAUUCGAAGACUCAAACGGUCCAUAUGGGACAAGAGCCUUUUGAGAGUAUAACUGUAACUGAAAGUAUAGCAGAAGAAGCUGAGAGAUCAUUUGACGGAACAUUUAUGCCAGCUACUCAAACAGCUGAUAUCCACGUACAAGACGUCAAGCCGUUGCAAAUAUCAGAAAUAGUAACAGAAGACAAAGAAGACAAUUUGAAUAUUUCAUUGGACUAUACCAAAGGCACAGCACAAAGUGAGUUUACCACUCUCGACAGUAUUCAAAGUUCGGAAGUUGCAACGAUUCAAAAUGUUGGAGAAAUACAAGAAACAAAACGUCCGUCAUCUCUAGCAACGGUAACCCAAAGUACAUUAGAAUCUGUUAUUAAUGUAGAGAUGACUGUUGGAGAAAGCGAGGAAGUUUUCCAAGGAAAAUUCGAACCCAGGAAACAAAAAGUUAUGCCCGAAAUGGAAAGUUUAAGUUCGGUAAAUGUAACCGAAAUUCUGACCAACGAAACUGAGUUCGAGCUAUCAGGAUUAGUAAUUCCUAAGGAAGAGCAGGCUCAACCUAAUUUAUCUGGCAGAGAAGUAGCUGAGACAUUGCAAGUGCUAACCUCAACAAAUACAGAGGAGCUGGUGAAACCGAUAAAAGCAGAAGAGCGAAUGGGUCAUCCAGUAAUAGAAGAAUUAACAUCUGUCACUGUCAGUGAGGUCAUAUUGAACGAAAUCGAAAGUGUACUAGAAGAUACAGUGGCUGCUAAGAAUCAAACAGCUACGCCAAAUCUAUCAGGUAGAGAAAUUGCUGAGACGACUCAAGUCUUAACAUCAACGACUACGGAAAAUCUCAUCCAAACUAAAAUGCCUAAAGCAGAAAAAGGUAAACCACAAUUAGACGAAUUGACAUCAUUGACGAUAUCCCAAAUAGUUACGAAUGAAACAGAGGAAUCAUUGCCCAAAUGUGAAACACUUGGUAAACAAAAAGCUUCGCCACACGUGUCGGGCAGAGAAAUAGCCGAGACUAUACUAGUCAAGGCCAUUGACAACACGAAUGAACUCUUUACAACAGAGGCUAAGGAACAAACAGGAACAACGAAUUUAGAAGAGUUGGCAGCAGUGACUAUUUCCGAAGUAAUUUCCAAUGAAACCGAAGAUAUUUUGACAUUAUCGCAAGCACCCAAUGAACAGAAAGCAAUACCGCAGUUAUCUGGUCGAGAAGUGGCUGAGACAAGUCAAAUUCAGACAGAAGUCCGUACUGGCGAACUCAUGAAACAAAAAGCACCUGAAGAACAAAGAGGAAUGCCAAACUUGGAAGAAUUGUCGUCUGUAUCGGUCUCUGAAAUUGUUUACAAUGAAAGCGAGAUUAUUUUACAAAGCAAAGAUGCACCGAAAAAACAAAAGGCGUUUCCACUUUUGUCAAGUCGAGAGGCCGCACAGACCAUGGAGGUUAUGACAUCCGCGAAUACCGAAAAGUUGGUCAAUCCAGAACAACCUGAAAGCAAAACAAUUCUUCCAAAACAAGUUCCAUUUGAAAGUCUGGAACAAACUCAACCAAUCUUGAGAGACAGCGAGAAGCCUUUAGUCAUAGAUGAACUGAAAUCAUCGACGCAGGCAAAUGUGAGCUUCGAACUUACACAAAGUCUCAUAAUCACUCAGGUAACAGCAGACGAGACAGAAUCAAAGGACGUAGUUGAAGGCGUUGCCAAGGAAGUAACUGCCACACCUGACAUUGUUAAACGGGAAAUUGCAGUAAAGUCAGAGAUCUUAGCGGAAGGCGUUGCCUCAGAGUUUGUUACUGAUAAACCCUUAACAAAAAUUGCUAAGACAGUCAAAGACGAAAAGUACGGGGUUGUAGUUACUGAACUUCAGUCGACUGGUGAACUAGAAUCGGAAUUACAUAAAUCUGUUGAGCCUUUUGCAAAACAAGUGACUGUGUCAUUCGAAGCUGAUCAUCUGGAAAAAGUGAUAGAAACAACAGAAGCACGAGCGCUACACCACCAAACAACAUACACACAACACACUUUAACACACGAAACCCCGAAGAUAACAACACAAAUGAAUAGUGAAUCUGAUACAGAGGUGACUGAAGAAUACACAACUAAAUUCACACGUGGAGAUGAUGAGGAGGCAACAGCAGCGGUGAAGACAAAAAGGACCACGAUCCGUAGAAGAAAACCAUCUACAAAGGAAGAUGACAAUAUUGUAGUGAUCGAAGAGGAGAUAGAAAACAUAAAGUCGGAAUUACCGACAAUACCUAGAAAACAAUUUAUGUCUAUUGAAGAAGUAUCCGAUACUGGAGACAUCGAGGAGAUCAGGCCGACGAAGGUGGAGGAGGCCAGAGACAUCUUUGAUGUUGAGAAACCGGUGGAAGAAGUGACUUGCGAAGAAACGACCGGGGAAUUACCUGCUCCAGAGCGAGCAGAGCCCGUCGAACGUGAGGACACUCGCGAACAAGUCACCGUGACGGAAGAAGUGACUCAUGAAGGCAAACCUCGUAAAGUUGUCAAGAAAAUAAUCAUCAAGCGAAAGGGCAGAAAGCAGCAGGUCACUGAGGAGGUGACUGUUGAAGAAGAUGGAAAAGCUCCAGUCACGACCGUAACUGAAAAACCGGUGGAAGAAGUGACAUUCGACGAAACGACCGAGGAAUUACCUGCUCCAGAGCGAACAGAGCCCGUCGAACGUGAGGAAACUCGCGAACAAGUCACCGUAACGGAAGAAGUAACUCAUGAAGGCAAACCUCGUGAAGUUGUCAAGAAACGCAUUGUCAAGCGAAAGGGCAAGAAGCAACAGGUCACUGAGGAGGUGACUGUCGAAGAAGAUGGAAAAGCUCCAGUCACGACCGUCACUGAAAAACCGGUGAAAGAAGUGACUUUCGACGAAACGACCGAGGAAUUACCUGCUCCAGAGCGAGCAGAGCCUGUCGAACGUGAGGAAACUCGCGAACAAGUCACCGUAACGGAGGAAGUCACUCAUGAAGGUAAACGUCGCAAGGUUGUGAAGAAACGCAUUGUCAAGCGGAAGGGCAGAAAGCAGCAGGUCACUGAGGAGGUGACUGUCGAAGAAGAUGGAAAAGCUCCAGUCACGACCGUCACUGAAAAACCGGUGAAAGAAGUGACUUUCGACGAAACGACCGAGGAAUUACCUGCUCCAGAGCGAGCAGAGCCCGUCGAACGUGAGGAAACUCGCGAACAAGUCACCGUAACGGAAGAAGUAACUCAUGAAGGCAAACCUCGUAAAGUUGUCAAGAAACGCAUUGUCAAGCGAAAGGGCAAGAAGCAACAGGUCACUGAGGAGGUGACUGUCGAAGAAGAUGGAAAAGCUCCAGUCACGACCGUCACUGAAAAACCGGUGGAAGAAGUGACUUUCGACGGAACGACCGAGGAAUUACCUGCUCCAGAGCGAGCAGAGCCCGUCGAACGUGAGGAAACUCGCGAACAAGUCACCGUAACGGAAGAAGUCACUCAUGACGGUAAACCUCGCAAGGUUGUGAAGAAACGCAUUGUCAAGCGGAAGGGCAGAAAGCAGCAGGUCACUGAGGAGGUGACUGUUGAAGAAGAUGGAAAAGCUCCAGUCACGACCGUCACUGAAAAACCGGCGGAAGAAGUGACUUUCGACGAAACGACCGAGGAAUUACCUGCUCCAGAGCGAGCAGAGCCUGUCGAACGUGAGGAAACUCGCGAACAAGUCACCGUAACGGAAGAAGUCACUCAUGAAGGUGAACCUCGCAAGGUUGUGAAAAAACGCAUUGUCAAGCGGAAGGGCAGAAAGCAGCAGGUCACUGAGGAGGUGACUGUUGAAGAAAAUGGAAAAGCUCCAGUCACGACCGUAACUGAAAAACCGGUGGAAGAAGUGACAUUCGACGAAACGACCAAGGAAUUACCUGCUCCAGAGCGAGCAGAGCCCGUCGAACGUGAGGAAACUCGCGAACAAGUCACCGUAACGGAAGAAGUAACUCAUGAAGGCAAACCUCGUAAAGUCGUCAAGAAACGCAUUGUCAAGCGAAAGGGCAAAAAGCAACAGGUCACUGAGGAGGUGACUGUCGAAGAAGACGGAAAAGCUCCAGUCACGACCGUCACUGAAAAACCGGUGGAAGAAGUGACUUUCGACGAAACGACCGAGGAAUUACCUGCUCCAGAGCAAGAAGAGCCCGUCGAACGUGAGGAAACUCGCGAACAAGUCACCGUAACGGAAGAAGUCACUCAUGACGGUAAACCUCGCAAGGUUGUGAAGAAACGCAUUGUCAAGCGGAAGGGCAGAAAGCAGCAGGUCACUGAGGAGGUGACUGUUGAAGAAGAUGGAAAAGCUCCAGUCACGACCGUAACUGAAAAACCGAUGGAAGAAGUGACAUUCGACGAAACGACCGAGGAAUUACCUGCUCCAGAGCGAGCAGAGCCCGUCGAACGUGAGGAAACUCGCGAACAAGUCACCGUAACGGAAGAAGUAACUCAUGAAGGCAAACCUCGUAAAGUCGUCAAGAAACGCAUUGUCAAGCGAAAGGGCAAGAAGCAACAGGUCACUGAGGAGGUGACUGUCGAAGAAGACGGAAAAGCUCCAGUCACGACCGUCACUGAAAAACCGGUGGAAGAAGUGACUUUCGACGAAACGACCGAGGAAUUACCUGCUCCAGAGCGAGCAGAGCCCGUCGAACGUGAGGAAACUCGCGAACAAGUCACCGUAACGGAAGAAGUCACUCAUGAAGGUAAACCUCGCAAGGUUGUGAAGAAACGCAUUGUCAAGCGGAAGGGCAGAAAGCAGCAGGUCACUGAGGAGGUGACUGUUGAAGAAGAUGGAAAAGCUCCAGUCACGACCGUAACUGAAAAACCGGUGGAAGAAGUGACAUUCGACGAAACGACCGAGGAAUUACCUGCUCCAGAGCGAGCAGAGCCCGUCGAACGUGAGGAAACUCGCGAACAAGUCACCGUAACGGAAGAAGUAACUCAUGAAGGCAAACCUCGUAAAGUCGUCAAGAAACGCAUUGUCAAGCGAAAGGGCAAGAAGCAACAGGUCACUGAGGAGGUGACUGUCGAAGAAGACGGAAAAGCUCCAGUCACGACCGUCACUGAAAAACCGGUGGAAGAAGUGACUUUCGACGAAACGACCGAGGAAUUACCUGCUCCAGAGCGAGCAGAGCCCGUCGAACGUGAGGAAACUCGCGAACAAGUCACCGUAACGGAAGAAGUCACUCAUGACGGUAAACCUCGCAAGGUUGUGAAGAAACGCAUUGUCAAGCGGAAGGGCAGAAAGCAGCAGGUCACUGAGGAGGUGACUGUUGAAGAAGAUGGAAAAGCUCCAGUCACGACCGUAACUGAAAAACCGAUGGAAGAAGUGACAUUCGACGAAACGACCGAGGAAUUACCUGCUCCAGAGCGAGCAGAGUCCGUCGAACGUGAGGAAACUCGCGAACAAGUCACCGUAACGGAAGAAGUAACUCAUGAAGGCAAACCUCGUAAAGUCGUCAAGAAACGCAUUGUCAAGCGAAAGGGCAAGAAGCAACAGGUCACUGAGGAGGUGACUGUCGAAGAAGACGGAAAAGCUCCAGUCACGACCGUCACUGAAAAACCGGUGGAAGAAGUGACUUUCGACGAAACGACCGAGGAAUUACCUGCUCCAGAGCGAGCAGAGCCCGUCGAACGUGAGGAAACUCGCGAACAAGUCACCGUGACGGAAGAAGUCACUCAUGAAGGUAAACCUCGCAAGGUUGUGAAGAAACGCAUUGUCAAGCGGAAGGGCAGAAAGCAGCAGGUCACUGAGGAGGUGACUGUUGAAGAAGAUGGAAAAGCUCCAGUCACGACCGUAACUGAAAAACCGGUGGAAGAAGUGACAUUCGACGAAACGACCGAGGAAUUACCUGCUCCAGAGCGAGCAGAGCCCGUCGAACGUGAGGAAACUCGCGAACAAGUCACCGUAACGGAAGAAGUAACUCAUGAAGGCAAACCUCGUAAAGUCGUCAAGAAACGCAUUGUCAAGCGAAAGGGCAAGAAGCAACAGGUCACUGAGGAGGUGACUGUCGAAGAAGACGGAAAAGCUCCAGUCACGACCGUCACUGAAAAACCGGUGGAAGAAGUGACUUUCGACGAAACGACCGAGGAAUUACCUGCUCCAGAGCGAGCAGAGCCCGUCGAACGUGAGGAAACUCGCGAACAAGUCACCGUAACGGAAGAAGUCACUCAUGACGGUAAACCUCGCAAGGUUGUGAAGAAACGCAUUGUCAAGCGGAAGGGCAGAAAGCAGCAGGUCACUGAGGAGGUGACUGUUGAAGAAGAUGGAAAAGCUCCAGUCACGACCGUCACUGAAAAACCGGUGGAAGAAGUGACUUUCGACGAAACGACCGAGGAAUUACCUGCUCCAGAGCGAGCAGAGCCCGUCGAACGUGAGGAAACUCGCGAACAAGUCACCGUAACGGAAGAAGUCACUCAUGACGGUAAGCCUCGCAAGGUUGUGAAGAAACGCAUUGUCAAGCGGAAGGGCAGAAAGCAGCAGGUCACUGAGGAGGUGACUGUUGAAGAAGAUGGAAAAGCUCCAGUCACGACCGUAACUGAAAAACCGGUGGAAGAAGUGACAUUCGACGAAACGACCGAGGAAUUACCUGCUCCAGAGCGAGCAGAGCCCGUCGAACGUGAGGAAACUCGCGAACAAGUCACCGUAACGGAAGAAGUAACUCAUGAAGGCAAACCUCGUAAAGUCGUCAAGAAACGCAUUGUCAAGCGAAAGGGCAAGAAGCAACAGGUCACUGAGGAGGUGACUGUCGAAGAAGACGGAAAAGCUCCAGUCACGACCGUCACUGAAAAACCGGUGGAAGAAGUGACUUUCGACGAAACGACCGAGGAAUUACCUGCUCCAGAGCGAGCAGAGCCCGUCGAACGUGAGGAAACUCGCGAACAAGUCACCGUGACGGAAGAAGUCACUCAUGAAGGUAAACCUCGCAAGGUUGUGAAGAAACGCAUUGUCAAGCGGAAGGGCAGAAAGCAGCAGGUCACUGAGGAGGUGACUGUUGAAGAAGAUGGAAAAGCUCCAGUCACGACCGUAACUGAAAAACCGAUGGAAGAAGUGACAUUCGACGAAACGACCGAGGAAUUACCUGCUCCAGAGCGAGCAGAGCCCGUCGAACGUGAGGAAACUCGCGAACAAGUCACCGUAACGGAAGAAGUAACUCAUGAAGGCAAACCUCGUAAAGUCGUCAAGAAACGCAUUGUCAAGCGAAAGGGCAAGAAGCAACAGGUCACUGAGGAGGUGACUGUCGAAGAAGACGGAAAAGCUCCAGUCACGACCGUCACUGAAAAACCGGUGGAAGAAGUGACUUUCGACGAAACGACCGAGGAAUUACCUGCUCCAGAGCGAGCAGAGCCCGUCGAACGUGAGGAAACUCGCGAACAAGUCACCGUAACGGAAGAAGUCACUCAUGAAGGUAAACCUCGCAAGGUUGUGAAGAAACGCAUUGUCAAGCGGAAGGGCAGAAAGCAGCAGGUCACUGAGGAGGUGACUGUUGAAGAAGAUGGAAAAGCUCCAGUCACGACCGUAACUGAAAAACCGGUGGAAGAAGUGACAUUCGACGAAACGACCGAGGAAUUACCUGCUCCAGAGCGAGCAGAGCCCGUCGAACGUGAGGAAACUCGCGAACAAGUCACCGUAACGGAAGAAGUAACUCAUGAAGGCAAACCUCGUAAAGUCGUCAAGAAACGCAUUGUCAAGCGAAAGGGCAAGAAGCAACAGGUCACUGAGGAGGUGACUGUCGAAGAAGACGGAAAAGCUCCAGUCACGACCGUCACUGAAAAACCGGUGGAAGAAGUGACUUUCGACGAAACGACCGAGGAAUUACCUGCUCCAGAGCGAGCAGAGCCUGUCGAACGUGAGGAAACUCGCGAACAAGUCACCGUAACGGAAGAAGUCACUCAUGAAGGUAAACCUCGCAAGGUUGUGAAGAAACGCAUUGUCAAGCGGAAGGGCAGAAAGCAGCAGGUCACUGAGGAGGUGACUGUUGAAGGAGAUGGAAAAGCUCCAGUCACGACCGUAACUGAAAAACCGGUGGAAGAAGUGACAUUCGACGAAACGACCGAGGAAUUACCUGCUCCAGAGCGAGCAGAGCCCGUCGAACGUGAGGAAACUCGCGAACAAGUCACCGUAACGGAAGAAGUAACUCAUGAAGGCAAACCUCGUAAAGUCGUCAAGAAACGCAUUGUCAAGCGAAAGGGCAAGAAGCAACAGGUCACUGAGGAGGUGACUGUCGAAGAAGACGGAAAAGCUCCAGUCACGACCGUCACUGAAAAACCGGUGGAAGAAGUGACUUUCGACGAAACGACCGAGGAAUUACCUGCUCCAGAGCGAGCAGGGCCCGUCGAACGUGAGGAAACUCGCGAACAAGUCACCGUAACGGAAGAAGUCACUUAUGAAGGUAAACCUCGCAAGGUUGUGAAGAAACGCAUUGUCAAGCGGAAGGGCAGAAAGCAGCAGGUCACUGAGGAGGUGACUGUUGAAGAAGAUGGAAAAGCUCCAGUCACGACCGUAACUGAAAAACCGGUGGAAGAAGUGACAUUCGACGAAACGACCGAGGAAUUACCUGCUCCAGAGCGAGCAGAGCCCGUCGAACGUGAGGAAACUCGCGAACAAGUCACCGUAACGGAAGAAGUAACUCAUGAAGGCAAACCUCGUAAAGUCGUCAAGAAACGCAUUGUCAAGCGAAAGGGCAAGAAGCAACAGGUCACUGAGGAGGUGACUGUCGAAGAAGACGGAAAAGCUCCAGUCACGACCGUCACUGAAAAACCGGUGGAAGAAGUGACUUUCGACGAAACGACCGAGGAAUUACCUGCUCCAGAGCGAGCAGAGCCUGUCGAACGUGAGGAAACUCGCGAACAAGUCACCGUAACGGAAGAAGUCACUCAUGAAGGUAAACCUCGCAAGGUUGUGAAGAAACGCAUUGUCAAGCGGAAGGGCAGAAAGCAGCAGGUCACUGAGGAGGUGACUGUUGAAGAAGAUGGAAAAGCUCCAGUCACGACCGUAACUGAAAAACCGGUGGAAGAAGUGACAUUCGACGAAACGACCGAGGAAUUACCUGCUCCAGAGCGAGCAGAGCCCGUCGAACGUGAGGAAACUUGCGAACAAGUCACCGUAACGGAAGAAGUAACUCAUGAAGGCAAACCUCGUAAAGUUGUGAAGAAACGCAUUGUCAAGCGGAAGGGCAGAAAGCAGCAGGUCACUGAGGAGGUGACUGUUGAAGAAGAUGGAAAAGCUCCAGUCACGACCGUAACUGAAAAACCGGUGGAAGAAGUGACAUUCGACGAAACGACCGAGGAAUUACCUGCUCCAGAGCGAGCAGAGCCCGUCGAACGUGAGGAAACUCGCGAACAAGUCACCGUAACGGAAGAAGUAACUCAUGAAGGCAAACCUCGUAAAGUUGUGAAGAAACGCAUUGUCAAGCGGAAGGGCAGAAAGCAGCAGGUCACUGAGGAGGUGACUGUUGAAGAAGAUGGAAAAGCUCCAGUCACGACCGUCACUGAAAAACCGGUGGAAGAAGUGACUUUCGACGAAACGACCGAGGAAUUACCUGCUCCAGAGCGAGCAGAGCCCGUCGAACGUGAGGAAACUCGCGAACAAGUCACCGUAACGGAAGAAGUCACUCAUGACGGUAAGCCUCGCAAGGUUGUGAAGAAACGCAUUGUCAAGCGGAAGGGCAGAAAGCAGCAGGUCACUGAGGAGGUGACUGUUGAAGAAGAUGGAAAAGCUCCAGUCACGACCGUAACUGAAAAACCGGUGGAAGAAGUGACAUUCGACGAAACGACCGAGGAAUUACCUGCUCCAGAGCGAGCAGAGCCCGUCGAACGUGAGGAAACUCGCGAACAAGUCACCGUAACGGAAGAAGUAACUCAUGAAGGCAAACCUCGUAAAGUCGUCAAGAAACGCAUUGUCAAGCGAAAGGGCAAGAAGCAACAGGUCACUGAGGAGGUGACUGUCGAAGAAGACGGAAAAGCUCCAGUCACGACCGUCACUGAAAAACCGGUGGAAGAAGUGACUUUCGACGAAACGACCGAGGAAUUACCUGCUCCAGAGCGAGCAGAGCCCGUCGAACGUGAGGAAACUCGCGAACAAGUCACCGUGACGGAAGAAGUCACUCAUGAAGGUAAACCUCGCAAGGUUGUGAAGAAACGCAUUGUCAAGCGGAAGGGCAGAAAGCAGCAGGUCACUGAGGAGGUGACUGUUGAAGAAGAUGGAAAAGCUCCAGUCACGACCGUAACUGAAAAACCGGUGGAAGAAGUGACAUUCGACGAAACGACCGAGGAAUUACCUGCUCCAGAGCGAGCAGAGCCCGUCGAACGUGAGGAAACUCGCGAACAAGUCACCGUAACGGAAGAAGUAACUCAUGAAGGCAAACCUCGUAAAGUCGUCAAGAAACGCAUUGUCAAGCGAAAGGGCAAGAAGCAACAGGUCACUGAGGAGGUGACUGUCGAAGAAGACGGAAAAGCUCCAGUCACGACCGUCACUGAAAAACCGGUGGAAGAAGUGACUUUCGACGAAACGACCGAGGAAUUACCUGCUCCAGAGCGAGCAGAGCCCGUCGAACGUGAGGAAACUCAAGAACAAGUCACCGUAACGGAAGAAGUCACUCAUGACGGUAAACCUCGCAAGGUUGUGAAGAAACGCAUUGUCAAGCGGAAGGGCAGAAAGCAGCAGGUCACUGAGGAGGUGACUGUUGAAGAAGAUGGAAAAGCUCCAGUCACGACCGUAACUGAAAAACCGGUGGAAGAAGUGACAUUCGACGAAACGACCGAGGAAUUACCUGCUCCAGAGCGAGCAGAGCCCGUCGAACGUGAGGAAACUCGCGAACAAGUCACCGUAACGGAAGAAGUAACUCAUGAAGGCAAACCUCGUAAAGUUGUGAAGAAACGCAUUGUCAAGCGGAAGGGCAGAAAGCAGCAGGUCACUGAGAAGGUGACUGUUGAAGAAGAUGGAAAAGCUCCAGUCACGACCGUCACUGAAAAACCGGUGGAAGAAGUGACUUUUGACGAAACGACCGAGGAAUUACCUGCUCCAGAGCGAGCAGAGCCUGUCGAACGUGAGGAAACUCGCGAACAAGUCACCGUAAUGGAAGAAGUCACUCAUGAAGGUAAACCUCGCAAGGUUGUGAAGAAACGCAUUGUCAAGCGGAAGGGCAGAAAGCAGCAGGUCACUGAGGAGGUGACUGUUGAAGAAGAUGGAAAAUCUCCAGUCACGACCGUAACUGAAAAACCGGUGGAAGAAGUGACAUUCGACGAAACGACCGAGGAAUUACCUGCUCCAGAGCGAGCAGAGCCCGUCGAACGUGAGGAAACUCGCGAACAAGUCACCGUAACGGAAGAAGUAACUCAUGAAGGCAAACCUCGUAAAGUCGUCAAGAAACGCAUUGUCAAGCGAAAGGGCAAGAAGCAACAGGUCACUGAGGAGGUGACUGUCGAAGAAGACGGAAAAGCUCCAGUCACGACCGUCACUGAAAAACCGGUGGAAGAAGUGACUUUCGACGAAACGACCGAGGAAUUACCUGCUCCAGAGCGAGCAGAGCCCGUCGAACGUGAGGAAACUCGCGAACAAGUCACCGUAACGGAAGAAGUCACUCAUGACGGUAAACCUCGCAAGGUUGUGAAGAAACGCAUUGUCAAGCGGACGGGCAGAAAGCAGCAGGUCACUGAGGAGGUGACUGUUGAAGAAGAUGGAAAAGCUCCAGUCACGACCGUCACUGAAAAACCGGUGGAAGAAGUGACAUUCGACGAAACGACCGAGGAAUUACCUGCUCCAGAGCGAGCAGAGCCUGUCGAACGUGAGGAAACUCGCGAACAAGUCACCGUAACGGAAGAAGUCACUCAUGAAGGUAAACCUCGCAAGGUUGUGAAGAAACGCAUUGUCAAGCGGAAGGGCAGAAAGCAGCAGGUCACUGAGGAGGUGACUGUUGAAGAAGAUGGAAAAGCUCCAGUCACGACCGUAACUGAAAAACCGGUGGAAGAAGUGACAUUCGACGAAACGACCGAGGAAUUACCUGCUCCAGAGCGAGCAGAUCCCGUCGAACGUGAGGAAACUCGCGAACAAGUCACCGUAACGGAAGAAGUAACUCAUGAAGGCAAACCUCGUAAAGUCGUCAAGAAACGCAUUGUCAAGCGAAAGGGCAAGAAGCAACAGGUCACUGAGGAGGUGACUGUCGAAGAAGACGGAAAAGCUCCAGUCACGACCGUCACUGAAAAACCGGUGGAAGAAGUGACUUUCGACGAAACGACCGAGGAAUUACCUGCUCCAGAGCGAGCAGAGCCCGUCGAACGUGAGGAAACUCGCGAACAAGUCACCGUAACGGAAGAAGUCACUCAUGACGGUAAACCUCGCAAGGUUGUGAAGAAACGCAUUGUCAAGCGGAAGGGCAGAAAGCAGCAGGUCACUGAGGAGGUGACUGUUGAAGAAGAUGGAAAAGCUCCAGUCACGACCGUCACUGAAAAACCGGUGGAAGAAGUGACUUUCGACGAAACGACCGAGGAAUUACCUGCUCCAGAGCGAGCAGAGCCUGUCGAACGUGAGGAAACUCGCGAACAAGUCACCGUAACGGAAGAAGUCACUUAUGAAGGUAAACCUCGCAAGGUUGUGAAGAAACGCAUUGUCAAGCGGAAGGGCAGAAAGCAGCAGGUCACUGAGGAGGUGACUGUUGAAGAAGAUGGAAAAGCUCCAGUCACGACCGUCACUGAAAAACCGGUGGAAGAAGUGACUUUCGACGAAACGACCGAGGAAUUACCUGCUCCAGAGCGAGCAGAGCCUGUCGAACGUGAGGAAACUCGCGAACAAGUCACCGUAACGGAAGAAGUCACUCAUGAAGGUAAACCUCGCAAGGUUGUGAAGAAACGCAUUGUCAAGCGAAAGGGCAAGAAGCAACAGGUCACUGAGGAGGUGACUGUCGAAGAAGACGGAAAAGCUCCAGUCACGACCGUAACUGAAAAACCGGUGGAAGAAGUGACAUUCGACGCAACGACCGAGGAAUUACCUGCUCCAGAGCGAGCAGAGCCCGUCGAACGUGAGGAAACUCGCGAACAAGUUACCGUAACGGAAGAAGUCACUCAUGAAGGUAAACCUCGCAAGGUUGUGAAGAAACGCAUUGUCAAGCGGAAGGGCAGAAAGCAGCAAGUCACUGAGGAGGUGACUGUUGAAGAAGAUGGAAAAGCUCCAGUCACGACCGUAACUGAAAAACCGGUGGAAGAAGUGACAUUCGACGAAACGACCGAGGAAUUACCUGCUCCAGAGCGAGCAGAGCCCGUCGAACGUGAGGAAACUCGCGAACAAGUCACCGUAACGGAAGAAGUAACUCAUGAAGGCAAACCUCGUAAAGUUGUCAAGAAACGCAUUGUCAAGCGAAAGGGCAAGAAGCAACAGGUCACUGAGGAGGUGACUGUCGAAGAAGACGGAAAAGCUCCAGUCACGACCGUAACUGAAAAACCGGUGGAAGAAGUGACAUUCGACGAAACGACCGAGGAAUUACCUGCUGCAGAGCGAGCAGAGCCCGUCGAACGUGAGGAAACUUGCGAACAAGUCACAGUCACGGAAGAAGUAACUCAUGAAGGUAAACCUCGCACGGUUGUCAAGAAACGCAUCAUCAAGCGGAAGGGCAAGAAGCAACAGGUCACGGAGGAAGUUACCGUUGACGAAGAAGGAAAAGCACCAGUCACUACAGUUGUUGAGGUACCUGCAAAUGAAAUUCAUGAUCUUAAUCAUCCAUCCUUCACCGCAGAAUCUAGUACACAGUUGAAGAAAGUUCCCAAGACAGCAUCAAAGAAACUACAACCCAUCAACAUUGAAGUGAUAGAGCAAACGUCGGUGAAGCCCAAAAUAAGUCUACAACAAGUACCUCUAUUUGCUCAGGUCAAACUGAAAAAAGUACUCAUCCCGAGGAAACCGCAAGAUAAAAGUGGUCAAACUAACAUGCCACGAGUUUUGUUGCGUAGCCGUAUCACGGCACACGAAUGGCCUCCAACUGUUCAGUAUCCAGUAAUCACACAGAUUGAACCGAAUUACAUACAAAAUGGUAUUCUUUCACGUACUGUCGAAGAUGCGUUUAAGCUCAAAAGGAUAAAACACAAGAAGAGAAAACCAUCUGAUAAAGAAUUGACGGAAUUGGAAAAGCUGGACUUGGAAUUCGACGAACUCAAAAAAGUUCCUUUGGAAAAAAUUGAAGAUAAAUCUGUCUACCAGCGCAAACCCAAAUCAAAGUCCGCAGAAAAAAGUGAGCCUGGCAAACUCAAAAUUGGGAAAGGUAAGGUACCUUCCAGAGAAGAAAUUGCGGAUGAAAUGAUAUCUUUGAAGAAUGUUGAUAAAGAAGCACUCAUCCAGCCGGAAGAGUCACAAUUCGUAACUAAAAAGAAAGACAAACCAGUUAAAAACUUGAAAGAUACCAAAGAUCGUGAUCAGCCGGAAGUCUCUUCUUUCGAACCUUAUGACGUCGAAUCUAGCAAGCCUGAAAUGGAAGAAAGAGAACCUGUUUCAAGUCCUGAAACAGAUGAAUCUAAACCCAAGCUCUCAGUAAAAAAGAAAUCCAAACCUGCUUCAAAGAAACCGCACCAAGAUGCCGAGACCAUUCCAAUUAUUUCCGGGACUCCGAUGAAAAGGGAACCUGAAGAAAAUACUGACAUCGUACUUAAAGGCCGACAGGGUGCAAAGCCUGAAGAAGAGCCUGAGGUGAUCAAUCUUAAGCCCUGGGAAAAAGCUAACGUGCCUGAAAAAGCGGAAACAUCUGAUGACAAACCUCUUGUAUUUAUUCCUCGGGAUGAUGACGUUACAGAAUCUGUUGAUACUAUAACGACACAGUACAUUGAAGAUUCACCCGACAAACCACUGAAAAAGAUAACCAAGAAGAAGAUUGUUCGGAAACGAGGCAAAGGUAAGCCACAAGUUACAGAAGAAUUGACUGUCGAAGAAGAAGGCAAGGAACCAAAUACCAUCGUUACCGCAAUUGAUGAAGCCCCCGACGACGGACCAUCGACGCAUCUUCUCGAACCAACUUCUGAACAAGAUACACCGAAGAUCAUUGAAGAAAUUCAUGAAGAAAUUAAGGUAACUGAAACAGUGACUGAGCAAGGUCGCCCCAAGAAAGUUAUCAAAAAGCGUAGUAAGAUAAUGCGAGAUGGUCAUAAACGAAUCUUAAAUGAAACGACUGUUGAAGAAGAAGGCAAAAAACCAGUCGUCGUUAGUGUCGAACUACCUGAAGAUACGGUUGACGAGGCCACUCAACCUCUCUCAAUUGAUGAACCCAAAGGCAAGCAGAAACCGACUACGAAAAAGAAAGUCAAAAAGUCAGCCAACAUACCAGCUGAUAAGAUCAUAGAUAUGGAGUUGCUCAAAGCAAAUCUAAAACCGCAGUUGAUGAAGAUUGAAAUCACUGAACAAAAGCCGCUCAGGCCGAAAGUCAUUGCACCAGAAAUACCCUUAUUUGCCCAAGUCAAGCUGAAAAAGACGCCUACUACUAAAAAAUCAAGAGAUGAAAAACAGAAGGUCAAACUUCCGACAGUUUUAUUACGUAGUCGCAUCAUAGAUCACGAGUGGCCUCCAAGUCUACAGUAUCCCUUGAUCGCAACUAUCGAACCCAAUUACAUUCAAAAUGGUAUUCUAUCACGUAAUGUUGAAGAUGCCUUGAAGCUUAAGAAGAUAAAACACAAGAAAAGAAAACCAGAUGAUAAAGAGUUGACGGAAUUAGAAAAGCUGGACUUGGAAUUCGACCAACUUAAAAAAGUUCCCUUGGAGAAAAUUGAAGACAAAUCUGUCUAUGAGCGCAAGCCUAAACCAAACGUUGCAGAAGAAGAUAAGCCUGACAAGCUCAAAAUUGGGAAAGGUAAGGUACCUCCUAGAAAAGAAAUUGAGGAGGACAAAAUAUCUCUAAAGAAAGUUGACAAGAAAACACCCAUUCAGCCGGAAGAAUCGCAAUUGGUACCUAAAACGAAAGUUAAACCAGAUAAAAAGACGAAAGAUACCAAAGAUCGUGAUCAGCCGGCACUCUCUCCUUUCGAACCUUACGAUAUUGAGUUUAAUGAACCUGAGUUGGAAGACAAGGAACCCCUUUCAAGUCCGGAAAAAGAGGGAUCGCAGCCCAAGAUACCGAAUAAGAGGAAAUCUAAGCGUGCUCCAAAAAAGCCAGAGCAAGAUAACGAAUCCAUUCUGAUCGUCCCCGGAACUCCCAAAAAAGAGGAAUCUGAAGCGAUACCUGAUAUAAAACUCAAGAGUCGACAGGGUGAAAAACCCGAAGAAGAGGUAGAGUCGGUGAAACUCAAGCCCUGGAAAAAAUCUGAUGAGCCCAAAGAUUCAGAAAUGCUCGAUGACAAACCUCUCGAUUUUGCUCCUCGAGAUGAGGAUGUUACGGAAUCAGUUGAUAUCAUUACAACGAAGUACACUGAAGACUCCCCUCACGAGAAACCAAAAAAGAUUAUAUUGAAGAAGAUCAUAAAGAAACGUGGAAAAGAAAGGCCGAUAAUCACUGAAGAAAGAACAGUCGAAGAAGAAGGCCGAGAGCCGAUCACUACGGUCAGGGCAGUUGAAGAAGUGCUCGUUGACGAAACAACACCUCUUUCAAACAAGUUCCCUGAGGGAGAGAAACCAGCCGUCACUGAAGAAAUUCACGAAGAAGUUAGAGUAAGUGAAAUAGUAACUGAAGGAGGGCAGCCCAAAAAAAUCACUAAAAAACGUCGUAAAGUAACACAAGGCAAUAAAAAACAAAUUACUGAAGAAACAACUAUCGAAGAAGAAGGUAAAGAGCCGGUUACAACAGUAACUGAGAUUCCUGAAGACACAAUACCACUCACACACAAAAAAUUGAAACACACAAAACCAACACUACUCAAAGACGUUGAUCAGAGAACAAAAGGUGAAUCUGAGGAAGUUCUUCGUAAGAUGGAAGUACUUGUUACUAAGGACGAAGAAAUCGUUGAGAUCAUUGAAACUCCAAAAAAGAAAACGAUCAAAAAAAGAAAGAAACCAAUUCAAGAUGAUGCUCCUGAAGAGGUAGUUGAAGAGGUGAUUGAGAAACCAAUAGAGGAAACCACGUUUAUGGAAGAACAACAAAUUGUGGAAAUCAUAGAAACCCCAACAAGAAAGGUUAUCAAGAAGAAAAAGGCUAUUAUCCGAGACGAUGGCGUUCCAGAUGAAGUCGUUGAAGAAAUCGUUAUCGAGAAACCUGCCGAAGAAAAGGCAAAACCGAUUGUCGAAGAUGAGGAAACCGUUAAAAUCACAGAAGUGGAUAUAAAGAAGGCACCGAAGAAGAAGCCAACCAAAAAGACGGUUGUUGAAGAAGAGGAGAUUAUUGAAACGAUUGAAACUCCAACAACGAAAACAAUCAAAAAGAAGAAGAAGCCAACCAAGGAAGGUGCGCCUGAAGAAGUUAUUGAAGAAGUCAUUGAAAAACCAGUCGAAGAGACAACAGUGAUGGAGGAACAACAAAUCGUGGAAAUCAUAGAGACCCCAACAAGAAAGGUUAUCAAGAAGAAAAAGGCUAUUAUCCGAGACGAUGGCGUUCCUGAUGAAGUCGUUGAAGAAAUCGUUAUCGAGAAACCUGCUGAAGAAAAGGCAAAACCGAUUGUCGAAGAUGAGGAAACCGUCCAAAUCACAGAAGUGGAUGUAAAGAAGGCACCGAAGAAAAAGCCAACCAAAAAGACGGUUGUUGAAGAAGAGGAGAUUAUUGAAACGAUUGAAACUCCAACAACGAAAACAAUCAAAAAGAAGAAGAAGCCAACCAAGGAAGGUGCGCCUGAAGAAGUUAUUGAAGAAGUCAUUGAAAAACCAGUCGAAGAGACAACAGUGAUGGAGGAACAACAAAUCGUGGAAAUCAUAGAGACCCCAACAAGAAAGGUUAUCAAGAAGAAAAAGGCUAUUAUCCGAGACGAUGGCGUUCCGGAUGAAGUCGUUGAAGAAAUCGUUAUCGAGAAACCUGCCGAAGAAAAGGCAAAACCGAUUGUCGAAGAUGAGGAAACCGUCCAAAUCACAGAAGUGGAUGUAAAGAAGGCACCAAAGAAAAAGCCAACCAAAAAGACGGUUGUUGAAGAAGAGGAGAUUAUUGAAACGAUUGAAACUCCAACAACGAAAACAAUCAAAAAGAAGAAGAAGCCAACCAAGGAAGGUGCGCCUGAAGAAGUUAUUGAAGAAGUCAUUGAAAAACCAGUCGAAGAGACAACAGUGAUGGAGGAACAACAAAUCGUGGAAAUCAUAGAGACCCCAACAAGAAAGGUUAUCAAGAAGAAAAAGGCUAUUAUCCGAGACGAUGGCGUUCCGGAUGAAGUCGUUGAAGAAAUCGUUAUCGAGAAACCUGCCGAAGAAAAGGCAAAACCGAUUGUCGAAGAUGAGGAAACCGUCCAAAUCACAGAAGUGGAUGUAAAGAAGGCACCGAAGAAAAAGCCAACCAAAAAGACGGUUGUUGAAGAAGAGGAGAUUAUUGAAACGAUUGAAACUCCAACAACGAAAACAAUCAAAAAGAAGAAGAAGCCAACCAAGGAAGGUGCGCCUGAAGAAGUUAUUGAAGAAGUCAUUGAAAAACCAGUCGAAGAGACAACAGUGAUGGAGGAACAACAAAUCGUGGAAAUCAUAGAGACCCCAACAAGAAAGGUUAUCAAGAAGAAAAAGGCUAUUAUCCGAGACGAUGGCAUUCCAGAUGAAGUCGUUGAAGAAAUCGUUAUCGAGAAACCUGCCGAAGAAAAGGCAAAACCGAUUGUCGAAGAUGAGGAAACCGUCCAAAUCACAGAAGUGGAUGUAAAGAAGGCACCAAAGAAAAAGCCAACCAAAAAGACGGUUGUUGAAGAAGAGGAGAUUAUUGAAACGAUUGAAACUCCAACAACGAAAACAAUCAAAAAGAAGAAGAAGCCAACCAAGGAAGGUGCGCCUGAAGAAGUUAUUGAAGAAGUCAUUGAAAAACCAGUCGAAGAGACAACAGUGAUGGAGGAACAACAAAUCGUGGAAAUCAUAGAGACCCCAACCAGAAAGGUUAUCAAGAAGAAAAAGGCUAUUAUCCGAGACGAUGGCGUUCCUGAUGAAGUCGUUGAAGAAAUCGUUAUCGAGAAACCUGCUGAAGAAAAGGCAAAACCGAUUGUCGAAGAUGAGGAAACCGUCCAAAUCACAGAAGUGGAUGUAAAGAAGGCACCGAAGAAAAAGCCAACCAAAAAGACGUUUGUUGAGGAAGAGGAGAUUAUUGAAACGAUUGAAACUCCAACAACGAAAACAAUCAAAAAGAAGAAGAAGCCAACCAAGGAAGGUGCGCCUGAAGAAGUUAUUGAAGAAGUCAUUGAAAAACCAGUCGAAGAGACAACAGUGAUGGAGGAACAACAAAUCGUGGAAAUCAUAGAGACCCCAACAAGAAAGGUUAUCAAGAAGAAAAAGGCUAUUAUCCGAGACGAUGGCGUUCCAGAUGAAGUCGUUGAAGAAAUCGUUAUCGAGAAACCUGCCGAAGAAAAGGCAAAACCGAUUGUCGAAGAUGAGGAAACCGUCCAAAUCACAGAAGUGGAUGUAAAGAAGGCACCGAAGAAAAAGCCAACCAAAAAGACGGUUGUUGAAGAAGAGGAGAUUAUUGAAACGAUUGAAACUCCAACAACGAAAACAAUCAAAAAGAAGAAGAAGCCAACCAAGGAAGGUGCGCCUGAAGAAGUUAUUGAAGAAGUCAUUGAAAAACCAGUCGAAGAGACAACAGUGAUGGAGGAACAACAAAUCGUGGAAAUCAUAGAGACCCCAACAAGAAAGGUUAUCAAGAAGAAAAAGGCUAUUAUCCGAGACGAUGGCGUUCCGGAUGAAGUCGUUGAAGAAAUCGUUAUCGAGAAACCUGCCGAAGAAAAGGCAAAACCGAUUGUCGAAGAUGAGGAAACCGUCCAAAUCACAGAAGUGGAUGUAAAGAAGGCACCAAAGAAAAAGCCAACCAAAAAGACGGUUGUUGAAGAAGAGGAGAUUAUUGAAACGAUUGAAACUCCAACAACGAAAACAAUCAAAAAGAAGAAGAAGCCAACCAAGGAAGGUGCGCCUGAAGAAGUUAUUGAAGAAGUCAUUGAAAAACCAGUCGAAGAGACAACAGUGAUGGAGGAACAACAAAUCGUGGAAAUCAUAGAGACCCCAACAAGAAAGGUUAUCAAGAAGAAAAAGGCUAUUAUCCGAGACGAUGGCGUUCCGGAUGAAGUCGUUGAAGAAAUCGUUAUCGAGAAACCUGCCGAAGAAAAGGCAAAACCGAUUGUCGAAGAUGAGGAAACCGUCCAAAUCACAGAAGUGGAUGUAAAGAAGGCACCAAAGAAAAAGCCAACCAAAAAGACGGUUGUUGAAGAAGAGGAGAUUAUUGAAACGAUUGAAACUCCAACAACGAAAACAAUCAAAAAGAAGAAGAAGCCAACCAAGGAAGGUGCGCCUGAAGAAGUUAUUGAAGAAGUCAUUGAAAAACCAGUCGAAGAGACAACAGUGAUGGAGGAACAACAAAUCGUGGAAAUCAUAGAGACCCCAACAAGAAAGGUUAUCAAGAAGAAAAAGGCUAUUAUCCGAGACGAUGGCGUUCCAGAUGAAGUCGUUGAAGAAAUCGUUAUCGAGAAACCUGCCGAAGAAAAGGCAAAACCGAUUGUCGAAGAUGAGGAAACCGUCCAAAUCACAGAAGUGGAUGUAAAGAAGGCACCAAAGAAAAAGCCAACCAAAAAGACGGUUGUUGAAGAAGAGGAGAUUAUUGAAACGAUUGAAACUCCAACAACGAAAACAAUCAAAAAGAAGAAGAAGCCAACCAAGGAAGGUGCGCCUGAAGAAGUUAUUGAAGAAGUCAUUGAAAAACCAGUCGAAGAGACAACAGUGAUGGAGGAACAACAAAUCGUGGAAAUCAUAGAGACCCCAACAAGAAAGGUUGUCAAGAAGAAAAAGGCUAUUAUCCGAGACGAUGGCGUUCCAGAUGAAGUCGUUGAAGAAAUUGUUAUCGAGAAACCCGCCGAAGAAAAGGCGAAGCCUGCUGUCGAAGAUGAGAGAACCGUCCAAACUACAGAAGUAGAAGCGAUAAGAGUUCCUGAUAAAAAGAAGAAGCCAACAACCUCUAAGGAAAAGCAGCCUUCAGAAGUUGCUGAAGAUAUGAUUUUCGAACAGCCGUGCAGAGAGAAAGCUGUACACGAUAUUCUUCCGAAAGAAAGUAUCGAGACAACUGAAGUCGUCCUUGGGACCUCUACGCAAGAAUUACCUGAAGACGAAAAACCGAGUCAAGAAGCAGCCUUUCCAGUUGAAGUUCAGCCUGAUAAGAUCACAAUCACUAAAGUUCCUGUCAGAAAAGCGUCCAAGAAAACGAAGAAGCCUAAAGCGUCUGAAGUGGAGCAGCCUGUUGAAGUUGUUGAGGACGUUACAACUGAAAAGCCAACGGAAGAACAAGCUACGGAAGAUAUUGUCCCGAAAGAAAGUAUCGAAACAACUGAGAUUAUUCUGGGAACGUCGACUCAAGAAUUACCCGAGGAUGGAAAACCGAACCAAGAAACAGCAAUUCCAGUUGAAAGCCAGCCUGAUGAGGUCAAGAUCACUGAAGUUCCUGUCAGAAAAGCGUCUAAGAAAACGAAGAAACCUAAAAUUUCAGCGGUAGAGCAGCCUGUUGAAGUUGUUGAGGGCAUUACAACUGAAAAGCCGACCGAAGAACAAGCUACCGAAGAUAUGCUCCCGAAAGAGAGUAUCGAAACAACUGAGAUCAUCCUGGGAACGUCUAUUCAAGAAUUACCCGAGGAUGAACAACCGAGCCAUGAAACAGCUACGCCAGUUGAAGAACAGCCUGAUAAGGUCAAGAUCACUGAGGUCCCUGUCAAGAAAGCGCCCAAGAAAACGAAGAAACCUAAAACUUCAAAGAUAGAGCAGCCUGUUGAAGUUGUUGAGGGCAUUACAACUGAAAAGCCGACCGAAGAACAAGCUACGGAAGAUAUGGUUCCAAAAGAGAGUAUCGAAACAACUGAGAUUAUUCUGGGAACGUCUACUCAAGAAUUACCCAAGGGUGAAACACCGACCCAUGAAACAGCCAUAUCAGUUGAAGAACAGCCUGAUAAGGUCAAUAUCACUGAGAUCCUUAUCAAGAAAGCGCCCAAGAAAACGAAGAAAGCUAAAGCAUCGGAGAUGGAGCAGCCUGCUGAAGUUGUUGAGGGCAUCACAACUGAAAAGCCAACUGAAGAACAAGCUACGGAAGAUAUUCUCCCGAAAGAAAGUAUCGAAACAACUGAGGUUAUUCUGGGAACGUCCACUCAAGAAUUACCCGAGGACGAAAAACUGAGCCAAGAAACAGCCCUCCCAGUUGAAGAACAGCCCGAUGAGGUCAAGAUCACUGAAGUUCUUGUCAACAAAGCGCUCAAGAAAACAAAGAAACCUAAAGCAUCGGAGAUAGAGCAGCCUGUUGAAAUUGUUGAGGGCAUCACAACUGAAAAGCCAACUGAAGAACAAGCUACGGAAGAUAUGCUUCCGAAAGAGAGUAUCGAAACAACUGAGGUUAUUCUGGGAACGUCUACUCAAGAAUUACCCGAGGACGAAAAACUGAGCCAAGAAACAGCCAUACCAGUUGAAGAACAGCCCGAUGAGGUCAAGAUCACUGAAGUUCCCAUCAGAAAAGCGCCCAAGAAAACGAAAAAGCCUCAAGCGGCAGAAGUGGAGCAGUCUGCUGAAGUUGUUGAGGAUGUUACAACUGAAAAGCCACCGGAAGAACAAGCUUCGGAAGAUAUUUUCUCCACAGAAAGUAUUGAAACAACUGAGGUUAUUCUGGGAACGUCUACUCAAGAUCUACCCACGGACGAAAAACCGAGCCAAGAAACAGCUAUGCCAAUUGAAGAACAGCCUGAUAAGGUCAAAAUCACUGAAGUCCCUGUUAAGAAAGCGCCCAAGAAAACGAAAAAACCUAAAGCAUCGGAGAUGGAGCAGCCUGCUGAAGUUGUUGAGAGUAUCACAACUGAAAAACCGACUGAAGAACAAGCUACGGAAAAUAUUGUUCCCAAAGAGAGUAUUGAGACAACUGAGGUUAUUCUUGGAACGUCAGCACUAGAAUUGUUUGAAGACAAGAAACCUGAUCAAGAAAUAGCGGUGCCAGUUGAAGAGCAGCCUAAUAGAGUAGAAGUUGUCGAAGCGGUUAUUUCAAAAGCAACUGUGACGAAGGAAGACAACAGAAAGGCUACUGACAGGGAACAAAAGUCUUCUGAAGCGCCCGUUACGGAAAAACCAGAGAAACUUCAUGGUGAAGAAAUUAUCAAGCCUUCUGAAGAACUUCCGACUAAAAAAGUAUUGAAAAAGAAAAAGAAGAAAACAUCUCCAAAGAAAGAGGAUGUUGAAUGGGUUGAACCAGAACCAUACGAAAGACCAGUUCUCGAGCCAAUGCCGGAAAAGAUUCAGUGGGAGCCCAGAUCAAAAACUGAAAGGAAAACUCAGCUUCCAAAGCUACAAAAAUUAGUGCCGCAAAAAAUCGAACGAACUCAAGUAAACCAACCAACGAAAUUGAAAUUUUCACAACCAGAAGAUGAACAGCCUCAAUUCGCAACAAUUAAAUUAAAAAAGGCAGCAAUACCCAAAAAGAAGGAAUCAAAGGGCGUGGUGAUUCCAAAAAUACUUCUUCGUAGUCGAAUUACUUUUAUAGAUGAUUAUCCGCCCCAAUUACAAAAACCAAAAAUAGAUACCUUCGAAGAAAAUCCAGUUCAAUGUGGAAUUCUGUCCAGAAAUACGAAAGAGGCACUUAGAGUGUUAAAAACAAAACAAAAGAAAGUGAAAUUCACAGAAAAAAACGAGAUAGACCUCGAGAGAUUAGAUCAGGAAUUUGAAGAAUUGAAGAAAGUUCCGUUAGAAGAGAUUGAGGAUAAAUCUAUCUACGAACGUCAACCGAAGAAACCAAAGGAAAAGUCAGAAGAGCCUCAACCACUACGUGUCGGUAAGGGUCAAAUUUUGACAUCAGAAGAACCAGAAAUCGACGAAAUAAAAUUGAAGCAGAUACCAGAAAAAAUUGUUGAAGAUACCAAAGAAAUAAAGAAAGAGCCUCUUAAAGAGAAACCUACAGAAAGAAUAACUCGGGAGGAAACAACUGAACCGCAUACGACAUUAGAACAUGACGAUUUCAAUCCACUCGAUUUCGAGCACCCACUGAUCGAAAAAUAUGUUUCUGACGAAAUUGAACACCCUGCAAAACCUAAGCCCGAACCUGAAAAAACGCAGCAUCCAAAACGAAAGAAAACGAAACCAGAUCAAGAUACUGAACAGAUUCCUUUAAUAAAAGGAAAACCCAAAUCCGAUACCCCAGAGGAAGAACCAGAUGUUACAUUUAGAAUACCAGCCUCUGAUAAGCCUGAAGACGAACCAGAAACUAUCAAGUUGAAGGGCUGGCUGAAAAACAAACCUGAUACCGAAGAUGUAGAAGGGCUCCCAGAUGAUACGGCUGAACCAACGAAGAAGCAUCCAGUAGAUGAUUUCGAAGAAUCGACUAAAAAGAAAAAAAUUUCAAAGAAGUCAAAGCCUGCACCCACUACUACCCCAGAAAAACCUGAAGAGCCUGAAAAAGAAAUAACGUCAAAUGAAACACCUCAAGAAAAGCCUGUCGAAGGUGAGACUAAAAUAGAAGCACCAGUUGAGAAACUUGUUUCAGAACAAAUAAAAGAAGGAAAGCCUGAAGAAAUUUCGUCAGAAGCAACUCUGCCAAAAAAACUGAAAAAGAAAUCUGUGGAGGAAGAAACUCAGGAAGAGGUGACGGUCAAGCAACCCGUUCCAGAGAAUGUGAAACAAGAAGAACCUGAAGAAAUUUCGCACCAAGUCACUCUAAAGAAGAAGCCGAAGAAAAAACCUAUCGAAGAAAAGGCUGCCGACGAAGUGACGAUCAAGAAGCCUGUGCCAGAAGACGCGAAACAGGAAGCACCUGAAGAAGUUUCGCAAGAGGUAACUCUGAAGAAAAAGCCCAAGAAAAAAGUUGUAGAAGACGAGGCCAGUGACGAAGUGACGAUCAAGAAACCUGCCCCAGAGGAUGUGAAACAAGAAGAACCUGAAGAAGUUUCGCACCAAGUCACUCUAAAGAAGAAGCCGAAGAAAAAACCUAUCGAAGAAGAGGCUGCCGACGAAGUGACGAUCAAGAAGCCUGUGCCAGAAGACGCGAAACAGGAAGAACCUGAAGAAGUUUCGCAAGAGGUAACUCUGAAGAAAAAGCCCAAGAAAAAAGCUGUAGAAGACGAGGCCAGUGACGAAGUGACGAUCAAGAAACCUGCCCCAGAGGAUGUGAAACAAGAAGAACCUGAAGAAGUUUCGCAGCAAGUCACUCUAAAAAAGAAGCCGAAGAAAAAACCUAUCGAAGAAGAGGCUGCCGACGAAGUGACGAUCAAAAAGCCUAUGCCAGAGGAUGUGAAACAAGAAGAACCUGAAGAAGUUUCGCAGCAAGUCACUCUAAAGAAGAAACCGAAGAAAAAACCUAUCGAAGAAGAGGCUGCCGACGAAGUGACGAUCAAGAAGCCUGUGCCAGAAGACGCGAAACAGGAAGAACCUGAAGAAGUUUCGCAAGAGGUAACUCUGAAGAAAAAGCCCAAGAAAAAAGCUGUAGAAGACGAGACCAGUGACGAAGUGACGAUCAAGAAACCUGCCCCAGAGGAUGUGAAACAAGAAGAACCUGAAGAAGUUUCGCAGCAAGUCACUCUAAAAAAGAAGCCGAAGAAAAAACCUAUCGAAGAAGAGGCUGCCGACGAAGUGACGAUCAAAAAGCCUAUGCCAGAGGAUGUGAAACAAGAAGAACCUGAAGAAGUUUCGCAGCAAGUCACUCUAAAGAAGAAACCGAAGAAAAAACCUAUCGAAGAAGAGGCUGCCGACGAAGUGACGAUCAAGAAGCCUGUGCCAGAAGACGCGAAACAGGAAGAACCUGAAGAAGUUUCGCAAGAGGUAACUCUGAAGAAAAAGCCCAAGAAAAAAGCUGUAGAAGACGAGGCCAGUGACGAAGUGACAAUCAAGAAACCUGCCCCAGAGGAUGUGAAACAAGAAGAACCUGAAGAAAUUUCGCAGCAAGUCACUCUAAAGAAGAAGCCGAAGAAAAAACCUAUCGAAGAAGAGGCUGCCGACGAAGUGACGAUCAAAAAGCCUGUGCCAGAAGACGCGAAACAGGAAGCACCUGAAGAAGUUUCGCAAGAGGUAACUCUGAAGAAAAAGCCCAAGAAAAAAGCUGUAGAAGACGAGGCCAGUGACGAAGUGACGAUCAAGAAACCUGCCCCAGAGGAUGUGAAACAAGAAGAACCUGAAGAAGUUUCGCAGCAAGUCACUCUAAAGAAGAAGCCGAAGAAAAAACCUAUCGAAGAAGAGGCUGCCGACGAAGUGACGAUCAAAAAGCCUAUGCCAGAGGAUGUGAAACAAGAAGAACCUGAAGAAGUUUCGCAGCAAGUCACUCUAAAGAAGAAACCGAAGAAAAAACCUAUCGAAGAAGAGGCUGCCGACGAAGUGACGAUCAAAAAGCCUAUGCCAGAGGAUGUGAAACAAGAAGAACCUGAAGAAGUUUCGCAGCAAGUCACUCUAAAGAAGAAGCCGAAGAAAAAACCUAUCGAAGAAGAGGCUGUCGACGAAGUGACGAUCAAGAAGCCUGUGCCAGAAGACGCGAAACAGGAAGAACCUGAAGAAGUUUCGCAAGAGGUAACUCUAAAGAAAAAGCCCAAGAAAAAAGCUGUAGAAGAAGAGGCCACAGACGAAGUAACGAUCAAGAAGCGUGCUCCAAAUGAUGUAAAACAAGAAGAACCUGAAGAAGUUUCACAGCAGGUGACUUUGAAGAAGAAGCCGAAGAAAAAACCUGUGGAAGAAGAGGCCAGUGAUGAAGUAACGAUCAAGAAGCCUGUACCAGAGGAUGUGAAACAAAAAGAACCCGAAGAAGUCACGCAAUACGUAACUCUCAAGAAACCUAAGAAGAAAGCUAUCGAAGAAGAGGCCGAAGAGUUGACUAUACAAAAACUUGAAGAAAUUGAAGACAUACAAGACGAAGAAGAAGUUGUUGAAGAAUUUACUAUACAAAGACGGCCGCCUAAAACCAUACCGAAACCUAUCGAAGAAAUAUAUGAAGAUGUUACGUUACGUAAGCUCAGGCCAAAGCGAAAACCCAGACCAGAUGUUAAGGAGGUAACUGAAGUCGAGAAUGUUACCUUCAGACCUCGAACUACAAAGACAAAAGAGGACGUUGAACAAGAAUUCAAAAUCUCUCUAAACACCUACGAGGAAGAAGACAUCACAAUGUCUGGGAAAGUUCGUCUAAAACCAAAACAACGACCACUCACAUAUUCCGAAGAAGCGGGUGAAGAGACGAUUCGGAUUAUGCAAGAAAUCGAAGAUGACGGCGGGCCGAUUAUUGAGGAGAUUAUUGACGAUAGUGAGGAAGAAGUCAAAGAUGAGUACAGUAUAGAAGAACUCGACGUUGAUGAAUUCAACUUACCUCUGAAGCGCAAAACCAAGAAAAAGCAUAGGCCUUAUUCUGUUGAAGAAAUUGAAGAGAAUGACGUAAAUCUAAAAUUGAAACGUGAUCGAAAAUACUCGUAUGAGGAAACAGACGAAUCAUUAGCUUUGAAACUGAAGCCAAGAAGACGUGUAUCCACUUACGACGAAGAAGAAGCAACUCUAAGUAUUACGAAAGAAGGAAACAUAUCGGAAGAGGAUGAAACGGAAUACGUUGUCCGAAAUGGAGACAUGAUGUUCUCAAUAUGCACAUAUGUUGCUGAAACUGAUGAAGCCAUCAACUUGGUCGAGGGAGAGAAAGUUUACAUCAUUGAACAUACCAAUUCGGACUGGUGGUUUGUUAAAAAACAUUUAACUGAAGAAAAAGGCUGGGUGCCGGCACAGUAUCUUCUCAAAGGACCACAGUACACAAUUUAUCUUCAGCGUAAACUACACGAGAAAAUCGACAAGUUACCAGUCUUCGAAAAACCUGGCCCUGGAGAAAAGGCAUCUGCACCGAGAUUUAUUGAAAAACUACAACCAAAACAUACCCCAGAUGGUUAUACAGUUCAAUUUGAAUGCCAAGUGGAAGGAAUACCACGUCCACAAAUCACGUGGUUCCGUCAAACAGCCAUUAUCAAACCAUCGCCAGACUUCCAGAUUUACUACGACGAUGAUAACGUCGCGACCCUUAUUAUUCGUGAAGUCUUCCCUGAAGAUGCCGGAACAUUUACUUGCGUAGCCAAGAACGCUGCAGGAUUCGCCUCGAGUACCACGGAAUUAAUUGUUGAAGCACCGUUGUCUGACCACGGAUCAGACAUGACUGGCUUAUCCAGGAAAAGCCUCUCAAGGGAAUCCUCGCUUGCUGACAUCUUGGAAGGUAUACCACCAACCUUCUCUCGUAAACCAAAGGCAAAAUGCGUUGAUGCGGGAGACGAUGUAGUCCUAGAAUGCCGUUUAGUCGCUGUCCCCGAACCGGAAAUAACUUGGUACUACGAGGAAACUGAAAUGACGACAAAAGAUAACGUGACUGUCGUCACCGAAAGUGAUAUGCACAUGUAUUGUAGCGUAAUGAAGAUCACGAAAGUAAAGAAAACUCAGGAGGGUCGCUAUAAAAUCGUGGCUAAGAAUAGAGAGGGAGAAGCAACCAUCGAAAUACCGCUGAAGGUCCAAACUGGCGAGAAAGAACCACCUGAAAUCUUGGAACCGUUGAAACCUUAUGUCAUUCGUGAAGGGGAAACAGUGGUGCUCUUCACUCAAAUUAUAGGUAAUCCAAGGCCACAACUUACUUGGUACAAGGACGGGAAACCGCUGAAGGGAGUUGCCACUAAGCGAGAUGGCGAUACCACUACAUUGACCUUGAUCCAACCUAAGCUGCACGAUACAGGCGAAUACUCUGUAAUUGCUAAAAAUGAACGAGGAACGGCCGAAACGCGUGCAACGUUAACAGUCGAAGAGACUCCAAGUGGUGCUCCAGAACCACCGUUAUUUACUGAACGGUUCCAAGAACAGACUGUUCCGGAGAAGGGUUCCGUCAAAUUAACAGCUAAGGUCACUGGAAAUCCUGUGCCGGAAAUUACAUGGCUGAGAAAUAACAAGCCCCUCGAACCAUCUUCAAACGUCAAGGAAAGUUACGACGGAGAAAACAUCACCCUUGAAAUUAAGAAUGCAGACUCUGAAGUUGAUGCUGGCGAUUAUAAGUGCAUCGCCAGUAAUCCAGUUGGGAAAACAUCGCAUGGAGCUAAGAUCACCGUGGAUGUUGACAAAGUUGUUUUCACUAAGAACCUUGAAGAGAACGUUCAAGUGGACGAGUAUAGACCGCUAGAACUUACUUGCGAAACUUCACAUACCGUUUCUACAACUUGGUGGCACGACGACAAAGAAAUCAGUGGCAUGGACCACAGAGAAAUUAUCCAGGAAGGACGGUCCCAUAGAUUACAUAUAAAGAAAACCAGCCCGACAGAUGAAGGCGUUUACAAGUGUACUGUCAAACAACAGAGUACAUCCAGCACUGUGGUGAUCAGAGCCACGAAACCAGAAUUUGUAAGGAAACUCCAAGACUUCGAGGUGAAGGAACGUGAUGUAGCGAUCCUUGAAGUUGAAAUAACUUCGCAAACAGCCGAAGUUAGUUGGCAUAAGGAUGGCGAACCACUCAAGCCGAAAAAACAGAAACUCGAAUUUGUCAAGGAUGGCACUGUUAGGAAACUUCUGAUUAGAAGCACUUCAGUGCACGACGAAGGAGAAUACACAUGUUCCUUAUUAGAUCAGGAAUGCACAGCAGAAGUCACCGUAGUUGAACUGCCACCAGAAAUUAUCACCAAAAUGCAGGACGUCACUAUAGCUAAAGGAGAAAAAGCUAUGUUCGAAAUUGAGUUGACUAAAGGUGAUGCAUUAGUUCGCUGGUUCAAGGACGGUGAAGAAUUACAGUUUUCCGAACAUGUUCAACUAUCCAUCGAUGGCAAGAGACAGAAGCUAAAAAUUUACAAGUCAGAGCUCACGGACGCAGGAGUAUACUCUUGCCAAGUCGGUGAACAAACUUCGAAAGCUAAAUUGACCGUUGAAGAACCUGGCGUAGAUUUCAUAACGAGAUUACCAGACGUUACACUAGUACCACUGAACUCAGAUGCCUCAUUCGUCAUUGAACUCUCGAGACCAAAUGUACCGGUAAAAUGGUUCAAGAAAGGAAAAGAAAUUAAGGAAUCGCCGAAAUAUACCAUUAUAGACGAGGGUACGGUGAAAAAGUUGAUUGUCAAGAAAUGUACCAUUGAAGAUACUGUGGAAUAUAGCGCGGUGGCAAUGAAUAUGAAAACAUCGUCAAAAAUGAAAGUCGAAGUUGUUGAAACGCCACCAAAAAUAAGUAUGGAUGCGCCCAAAGAGUACCGUGUCAAAAAAGACGACGACGUCAAUAUUACUGUCAAAUUCACUGCCACGCCUAAAGCCACAACCGAAUGGUCAGUCAACGGCAAGGUCGUUCCCAAAGCAAAACGAAUUACUCCCACUACCGAUGAUGAAUCAGCAACUCUGACCAUCAAGAAGGUGCACGAAGACGAUAUCGGUAAUUACACUUUGAAACUGACCAAUAGCUGUGGAGAGGCAAGCACUGACAUCAAACUCAUCAUUAUGCAAGUGCCAAGUACACCAGGUAUUCCAGAACUCCUGGAAGUGACUGAUGAUAGCAUAACGCUUCACUGGAAAGCACCUGACUUUGAUGGAAACACUCCGAUUACCGAAUACAUUCUCGAGUACCACGAUCGAGAUGACUUUUCAUGGAUCAGGAAUACGCAAAAGAUCACAGAAACAACCCACAGAGUAACGGAACUGGUGACAAACAAGGAAUACAUGUUCCGCGUAACAGCUGUGAACACGGUCGGUCCCAGUGAGCCGUCCCAUAACACGAGGUACUUGAAGAUCGCUAAGCCUGUGGCAGCGGAAGCACCACUUAUUUUAGAGCCACUAAACAGCGUUACAACUGGAUUGAAACGAACUGUAUCCCUAUCCUGUGUAAUCGGCGGAAUUCCAACACCUAAGAUCACAUGGAUGAAAAAUGGAAAUCCGUUUAAGAAUGCCAACAUCACAUAUGAAAAUCGGGUGGCAAAGUAUACCAUUAAAGAGACAACAGAGACUUCAGCCGCUACCUUUACUGUUAAAGCCGAAAACAAUGCUGGAACGGCCGAGACAACAUGUGAACUAAAAAUUCAGGAGCCUCCUACUCUAAAUUUCGACGAAAGCUUGGCGACUCAACAACUGCGAGUAACGAGCCAGUGGAAAAUCAACGUCGAAGCUUCAGGAUUUCCGCAGCCACAAAUUUCGUGGAUCAAAAAUGGAAAAACAAUCACAGAGAAACAAGUUUCAGUUUACAACGAAGAAACAACUUCUUCCAUAACGAUAUAUUCAGUAGUACGAGAAGAUACGGGAACUUACACAGUUACAGCAUCCAACGAAGCGGGUAGCACGUCCGUCGAAAUGUACCUCCGAGUCAUAGACAAGCCAAGCAAACCACGUGGACCCAUAGUAAUGCGAGACAUCAGACAAGACCAAAUCACCAUAGAGUGGAAACCACCUGCAGAUGACGGAGGUCUCGAGCUUAGCAAAUACACGAUUGAAAAGUGUGAGCCGGAAAAAAUGGUCUGGAUGAAGGUAGCUGACGUCGACAAAGAUGCUGAGUCUUAUUGUAUACAAAAAUUGCAGCAAGAUUCGGAAUACUUGUUCCGAGUUGUCGCUAAAAACCCUGUCGGAUCGUCAGAACCACUGGAAUCGGAACCAGUCACGAUUAAACCUUCAUUCGAAAAACCAGGGCCACCCCGAGGACCUCUCGAUGUCUCGGGAAUGACGAAAACUUCCUUCACCAUAAAGUGGCAGCCGCCUGAGAAUGACGGAGGCUCUCCAAUCAUAGAGUACAUUGUCGAGACGAAGGAAGUAUCUAAGAAAGCAUGGCAGAAGAUCGGCAGCACACAGGGAGAGACGACAAAUAUUAUCGUGUCAGAUCUGAAGACAGACACUCCCUACAACUUUAGAAUAACAGCACGAAAUAGUGUAGGUAGCGGGCCACCAUAUUUACCAGAAGAGCCUAUCACAACUGGUAAAAGAAUCACACCACCUUCAUGCCCGCUAAACUUACAAGUAACUGGUAUAACUAGUCGAAGUGCAACCCUGACAUGGGCGCCACCAGCCAGCACAGGAGGAACAGAGCUUACAGGCUACGUGGUUGAGAAGAGAACAAUGACUGGAAAGGGUGCGAAGUGGAGCAAAAUAAUCACGCUUGACGCUACGACGCAUCAACAUUGCAUUGAGAAUCUCAAAGAGAGUGAAUUCAUGUUCAGAGUAUUCGCUGAAAACAUCGUAGGCUUGAGUACACCGGCAACAUCGGAAGCCGUUACUCUGAAAACACAUGCAACUGUCCCGUCACCCCCAACGGCGCCACUCGAAAUCCGGCAAAUUGCUGGAAACACGAUAGUCAUCGAGUGGGGCAGACCAGAGUCCGACGGCGGCGCACCGUUGGAGGGUUAUAAAAUCGCUAUUAGAGACGUUAAGAAGACAAUGUGGAUGGAAGUUGGACGAGUUAACGCAGACAUCCAAAAGCUCACCAUCAAAGACCUUCAGGAGAACCACGAGUAUCUGAUUAGAAUCUUUGCCAAAAACGAAGUGGGUCACAGCGAGCCCUUGGAGUCUGAAGAACCAUUCAAAGUCUUACCUGCUUCUGAAUUGUCGGUCAUCGAACCAGUUGCAGAAGCAACUGAUAGAGGGGAAACAGCCUCUCUGAGUUACAGUACAGAAAACACAAGUUCGUGGCUCAGAGAACACAACAUGGAUGCCGAUAUUCAUUCUUACGCAAGAUUACGCCUACUACGAAAGGAUGAGUACUUCUUCAGGAUAUGGCAUUAUGCUAAUCAACUCUUCAAAUAAGCAUGUUGUUUGUACGUAAUGUAAAUAGUUGUAGUCUUGUAUUGCAAUCAGAAUUAACUGUCAAAGCCAUAACUGCUAAAUGAAUGUCUUCACCAACCGGUCAAAGAAAGGUUUAAUCACUAGAUACUUCAUUGUUACUGUUGCAAUACAAAGUCCAUGUUGACGUAGGCGAACGUCGGAAAUAACCGACAACCUGAGAAUGUAAAUAUUUUUUAAAGGACCAAGCUUGAGAAUUUUCUGACUUUUACCGACUAGAAAUGAAAAAAGAAACUUCUGCAACUCACCGGAUAUUUAAAUUGUCAAAAAGGUUUAGAAGUUGCGGAUAGUUUUUAUAAUCGUUGAAAGAAUUAAAUAUUUCGUUAAUGUUUGAAGAAAAGUUAACACGAAAUUCAGACAAUGAACGUGUAACUUACGAAGACUCGAAGAUUACGUUCGAGGUCUACAUUGAUAUAUAUUGGUUAAUAGUUACUUGCAGACCUAUGAGACCCAAACUUCGCGAAACGUUGAAUACGUAAAGAGUUGGUCUGUCAAUAAAAACUAAAAAGUGCGUAAGGACAUUAGAGAACACCUUAUUAUUCGAGCCCAAGAAUAUUAAUUUAGCUAUUAUCCCCGAGACUUAACGAAUAUAACGAGUGCAAGAGUGAUAAAUGUGUACUAGCUUUGAGCAGACAUAUGUUAUUAUGAAAGUAGCGUGUUUGCGAAUUGUGAGGAGAAAUUAUUGUAACGUAUGUACAACCGUUAUUGGAUAAACCUGAUUUUAUUUAUAUAUUGGACAUUGAAAUUAAUAUUAUUACAAUUACUGAGUUCGUAAUCGAUGAUAAGUUUGUGAGAAUUACAUUAAGUAUUUAUUAUAAUAAUAGUAAACCAUAUACAUGCUGCUUUAUACAUAAGUAUAAACAUAUUAUACGAAUCCUAUUAUAUUUUUAAGUGAACUGAAGAAAAUGGUAAUAUGCCACGUAUGAUUGGUGAGAGACGUAAAUAUAGGUGCUUCAACAUCCAAGCAUUAACCAAUCUUACGUCGCAUGCCCAUAAUUAUGAAUGAUGUAAAAAUAUCUUACAUGUGAAGAAUAAAUUAUGCUUCAAAACUG